CUGAAGCAUUGAUCACAGGAAGAGGGGGAGGGCAGAGAGGGUUUAGGAAUUUCAGAAUAGUUUUCUAACACUAAUCAAGUAGAGAUCUUGGUGUCCCCAGUCAGGUUUUGCAGAAUUGGGAGCCAUGAGGCUGUGGGUGCUGUGCGGAUAUGUCUCUCUGUGCAUCGUGGUAGUGGCUGCGUCGGAUGUCUCGCAGACUAGUAACUCUAAACUAGUUGUUGGUACCCAGGGUAAAGCAAAAGAGGUGAGUUCCAGAGAGAUAGUGAGAGAUAACGCCAGGGAAAGAGAGUAUCCGCAUGUUUCUAAUGUUACAUUGUUACAGUCUGCGAGGAUUACAGAGUAUGGGGGGGGAUACAGAAUAUGGGGUAAUACAGUGAGGGAUACAGAGUAUGGGGGGGGAGACAGUGAGGGAUACAGAGUGUAGGGGGAAUACAGCGAGGGAUACGGAGUGGGUACAGCGAGGGAUACAGAGUGUAGGGGGAAUACAGCGAGGGAUACGGAGUAUAGGGGGAUACAGCGAGGGAUACAGAGUAUAGGGGGAUACAGCGAGGGAUACAGAGUAUGGGGGGGAUACAGCGAGGAUAACAGAGUAUGGGGGGAUACAGCGAGGGAUACGGAGUAUGGAGGGAUACGGAGUAUGGGGGGAUACAGCGAGGGAUGCAGAGUGUAGGGGGAUACAGCGAGGGAUACAGAGUAUGGGUGGAUACAGCGAGGGAUACAGAGUACGGGGGGAUACAGCGAGGGAUACAGAGUAUGGGUGGAUACAGCGAGGGAUACAGAGUAUGGGGGGAUACGGAGUAUGGGGGGAUACAGCGAGGGAUACGGAGUAUGGGGGGAUACAGCAAGUGAUACUGAGUAUGUGGAGCAUUUAUAUAUUGCCAACUUAUUCCAGAGUGCAUUACAGUAAUAUAAAUGUGGGAUUUAACAAAUGAGACAAACUAUUAGAAAUUUACACAAUAAUCGAUGAGGAGCCUGCUCAAAAGAGCUUACAAUCUAGAGAUGUGAAGUUUAUAUUAUUUUUUGUAAACUUAGGAUUUCAUAAUUUAUCUACAUGAAGCAUUCAAACAUGGCAUACAGGAUAAUAAGAAUGGAUAAAAAUAACGUGACUAUUCUUCCCGUAGCAUUAAAUACAGAUUUAUAUUUGGGUGAUAUUUAUCUUCUGUCCUGGGAAGCUGGGUUUAAAACUUCCUUUUAUAAUAUAACAUCGUUUUGGAGAUGAUUUGAUCAAUCUAUGAAUAUCUCCUGUUAAUUCCCCAGUAUUGGUUGUGAGUGGAUGAGUACGAGGUCUUUGAUGUCUUAUAAUCAAUUAAAGGCUUUUUCAGGAAGUUGAAACCUUGAUUUGUGACAUCUGUGCCAAGUCCAUGCUGAAGUGCCCACUGUUUGCUGCCCUCUGCUCCGCGUGCCCCAUGUGCCCUGCAUGGGGGCCCUACAUUCCGGCUUCCUGUGUGGUUAUGUGGUUAUUAAAGUACACACUGUACUGCCAAGCAGUGUGCCCCCUGCUAUACAGGGCAGUAACAUAUUAGUGUUUUCUGUGUGUGCCAUGCGUUUAUAGCUGGCAUGUAUCUAUGCCCACCCUGUGCCAAGUCAUACUGCAAGUCAGAUCCCCCCUGUAUUCCAGCUCAGAAACACCCGUCCACUGAACCCAACAGAAAUGCUACUUCAGAGACCCUCUAGCUCAAGCAUGGCAAACUCAAAGGACAACACGGGCUAAAUAAACAGGGUUUACGUUUAUGUGGGCCGCAAAAAAACCAAAAACAAAAAUUUUCAUAGAAACUUAGGUUUGUUUUGAAAAGUACAGUAUAAAAAAAAAAACCUGGCAUCCCCUCUACUAAACCCUACCAUCCCAAUCUUCUAAGACCCAGUCCCCCUAUUCUAAACCCCAGCCACCACUCUAUACAAAAUCCCAGUCCCCCCCCUAUACUAAAUCCCAGUCCCCCCCUCUAUACUAAAUCCCAGUUCCCCCUACUAAAUCCCAGUCCCCCCUCUAUACUAAAUCCCAGUCCCCCCCUCGAUACUAAAUCCCAGUCCCCCCCUACUAAAUCCCAGCACUCCCCUCUACUAAACCCUAGCCCUUGUUUUAAAAAAAAAAUAUUAGCCAACAAGCAGACUCCACUCACACUCACUCCACUGCCAGUAUGCGACUCCAGAGUCCGGCCUCUGGUAUACCCCCAAAUGCGCCAUCUGCACCCUGUCCCAAAGCGGAUCCUCCCACUACUCCUUGAAACCCUGUGACGAUGGAGCGUGUUGACGUCACGUCGGAAUGUGACGUGGUGUUACGUGCCUCCGUGCACCUCCAGGUCUUCCACCGUCUAGCUGCAGGCAUCGCAACACUGACCAACACACACUCACUGACAGACACACUCUUUGACAGACACACACACACUGACAGACACACACACAGACACACUUACUGACAGACACACACACUCACUGACAGACACACACAUUCACUGACAGACACACACACACACACUCACCAGGGCCGGACUGGCCCACCGGGAUACCGGGAAAUUUCCCGGUGGGCCGCGGCACCUGGGGCCGGUCUGACAGCCCUAAUCAUUGGGCUGACAGCUCCGGCCGCACAGAGCCCCAUGGGAGCAGGGGGAGCCGGCCGGCACAGCUCACACACGGCCCGCCGGGAUCAUAAAAAAAAAAAAAAAAAUUGCGGCGGGGCGGAGCUUAGUGUGACGGGGCGGGGCUAACGGGGCUUAGCGUGCGGCGGGGGCCCCGUUAGCCCCGCCCCCGGGCUUCCCCAACAACCAGCCUGCAGGAGCUCCAAGCAGGAGGGAAGAAGGAGGUCAGUGUGUGAGUGUGAGUGUGUGACUGUCUGUGUGUGACUGUCUCUAUGUGAGUGUGUGACUGUCUCUGUGUGAGUGUGUGACUGUCUCUGUGUGAGUGUGUGACUGUCUCUGUGUGACUGCCUGUGAGUGUGUGACUGUCUGUGUGACUGUCUGUGUGUGAGUGUGUGACUGUCUCUGUGUGAGUGUGUGACUGUGUGUGAGUGUGUGACUGUCUCUGUGUGACUGCCUGUGAGUGUGUGACUGUGUGUGUGACUGUGUGUGACUGUGUGUGUGUGACUGUGUGUGUGUGACUGUGAGUGUGUGACUGUGAGUGUGUGACUGUGAGUGUGUGACUGCCUGUGAGUGUGUGACUGUCCUGUGUGAGUGUGUGACUGUCUGUGAGUGUGUGACUGUCUGUGAGUGUGUGACUGCCUGUGAGUGUGUGACUGUCUCUGUGUGAGUGUGUGACUGUCUCUGUGUGACUGUGUGUGACUGUCUCUGUGUGACUGUCUCUGUGUGACUGUCUCUGUGUGACUGUCUCUGUGUGACUGCCUGUGAGUGUGGGACUGUCUCUGUGUGAGUGUGUGACUGCCUGUGAGUGUGGGACUGUCUCUGUGUGAGUGUGUGACUGCCUGUGAGUGUGUGACUGUCUGAGUGUGACUGCCUGUGUGAGUGUGUGACUGUGUGACUGUGAGUGUGUGACUGUGUGUGAGUGUGUGAAUGUCUGUGUGUGACUGCCUGUGUGAGUGUGUGACUGUGUGACUGUGUGUGAGUGUGUGACUGUCUCUGUGUGAGUGUGUGACUGCCUGUGAGUGUGUGACUGCCUGUGUGAGUGUGUGACUGUCUGUGUGUGAGUGACUGUCUGUGAGUGUGUGACUGGGAGUGUGUGACUGUGUGUGAGUGUGUGACUGUCUCUGUGUGAGUGUGUGACUGUCUCUGUGUGAGUGUGUGACUGCCUGUGUGAGUGUGUGACUGUCUGUGUGUGUGAUUGUCUGUGUGUGACUGUCUGUGUGUGACUGCCUGUGUAAGUGUGUGACUGUGUGACUGUGUGAGUGUGUGACUGCCUGUGUGAGUGUGUGACUGUCUGUGUGAGUGUGUGACUGUCUGUGUGUGACUGCCUGUGAGUGUGUGACUGUCUGUGAGUGUGUGACUGUCUGUGAGUGUGUGACUGUCUGUGUGUGUGUGUGACUGUCUGCCUGUGUGUGAGUGUGUGGCUGUCUGUCUGUGUAUGUGUGUGGCUGUCUGCCUGUCUUUGUAUGUGUGGGUGUGUAAUGAUAUUGAUGUUACAAAGUUUUGGAGUCCAGUAGCCAGAUCAGCAAUGUUUUCUGCCAGAGGUAGCCACUCGUUACCCAGGUGGUUGAGCCCCUGAGCCUUGAGUGGCCUUCUGGUCUUAAGCAGAGAUGGGAGACUGGAACAGAAAGAUGAUAAUCGUAGUGAGGCAAGCCGAGGUCAGUGGGAAGGAGAAGCAGCAAAGUCAAAACAGUCCAAAUUCAGCAACAGGAAGGAGAAACAGGAACACGCUGGAUUAGAGAGUACAGGAACCACAAUAAUCUGGCAAAGGUACAGAGACAGGAAGUGGCUUUUAUAGGCCAAGAACCAGACACCUGACUAGACACAGCUGAAGUGAGUUGUCACUGAUAACCUUGACUCUACAAGCAAUGGUAUCAGAUCUCAGGUAAAUUUGCAAAAGGCAGGCUGGUGUACUGGUAAUGAAAAGGUUUAGCAUCAUGUAAACCAGGGUUCGAAACCCAGCAGAGUCAGUUCCUCACAUUACCUCCACCUUUACAGGCGCAGCCUCUGGAUGCCCUAUUUCCUGGUUUAGCAGGGUACUGUGCAUGGAAAGACUGAAGAAGAUCAGGAGCAUGAAUAUUGUCCACUGGUUCCCAUGAUCUAUCCUCCUCACCAUAGCCUUUCCAAUGAACCAAGUAUUGAAGUUUGUUGCGGAAGAUCCUGGAGUCAAGAAUUUUUUCCACCUCGUAUUCAUCUUCCCCAUCCACGAGGACUGGUGGUGGGGCAGGCAAGGCUCGACCAGGGAAAGUAUUUUCAUGAAAAGGUUUAAGCAGUGCCACGUGAAACACCGGAUGUAUUUUCAUGGAAUCCGGAAGUUGCAGACGGAAGGUGACUGCAUUGAUCUGAGCGAUUAUCUUAAAAGGUCCCAUGAACUUUUGACCCAAUUUAUGAGAAGGAAUCCUAAGCUUAAGAUUCUUUGUUGACAGCCAAACCUUGUCACCAACAUGAUAAACUGGGGCCUCCUUUCUGUGCCUAUCAGCAGCUCUUUUGUAACAUUCCUGAGCCUCCGAAAGAGUCUCCUUCAACAGUUCUUGGGAAUCUCGUAAGGCGGUUAGCCGGUCAGUGACUGCAGGAAUGGGAGUAGUAAUUGGGAGACUCACUAGAAAGGUUGGAUGGUAACCAUAAUUGGCAAAAAAUGGGCUCAGAGAAGUGGAGCAGUGUUGGGCAUUGUUAUAGGCAAACUCCGCCGUGGGUAGAAAAUCCAGCCAGUCAUCCUGCAGGUAACUAAUAUAGCACCGCAAAUAUUGUUCUAAAGUCUGGUUGGUUCGCUCAGUCUGUCCAUUACUUUGUGGAUGAAAAGCUGAAGACAGAUUUACAUUAAUACCUAGAAUAGAACAAAAAUAUUUCCAAAAAUGAGAUGUAAACUGCACUCCCCUGUCAGAAAUUACUUCAUCAGGCACUCCAUGCAAGCGAAAUAUUUCCCGAAUAACAAGGUCAGCAGUCUGUUUAGCUGAAGGGAGACCACGAGCUGGUAUGAAAUGACUCAUCUUGGUUAACCGGUCCACAACAACAAGAAUAGUAGUGUGUUCCUUAGAGGGAGGUAGUUCCACAAUAAAGUCCAUGGAUAUAGAUCCCCAGGGACGAUGAGGAAUCGGAAGAGGCUGAAGCAAGCCAACAGGGGAUGAGCGAGGAGUCUUAUGUCUGGCACAUACAUCACAAGAGGACACAUACUUCUUAACAUCCUCAUAAUAUUUAGGCCACCAAAAGGAUCGGGUAAGUAGUUCUUGUGUCUUUCGGAUUCCUGGAUGACCUGCUGGUUUAGAGUCAUGGUAGAGGCGUAAAACGUCCAGUCGCACUGAUUCUGGAACAAACAGACGUUGUUGAAAAAUCCAAAACCCAUUAAGCAUGGUCAUAUGAAGAUCACGAGGAGGAUCACGAAAAACUGGAUCUUUAGAGUAGCCCUUUUUAAUGCGAGACAUUAGAUCAGAAGGAAAGGUAACUCCUAAAAAUCUGCUCUCUGGCAAGAUGGUGGCCUUGGUUACUGUAGUAUGGAGGGGGUCAGCUAUCCUAGACAAGGCAUCCGCCUUGCCAUUUCUGGAACCAGGGCGGUAUGAAAUAAAAAAAUUAAACCUUGAGAAAAAUAGGGACCAGCGUGCUUGUCUGGCUGACAGUCUCUUAGCGGAUUGGAUACAUUCCAGAUUUUUGUGAUCUGUGAGGACAGUAAUUGGAUGGGUGGCUCCCUCCAAGAGAUGUCUCCAUUCGGUGAAGGCAGCUUUUAUAGCCAAAAGUUCUUUAUUCCCUAUGUCAUAAUUUCUUUCUGCUGGUAACAUCUGGCGGGAAUAGAAGGCACAUGGAUGUAACAACAUCUUAGGUCCAGUCCUUUGAGAUAGUAUAGCCCCAACAGCUGAAUCAGAAGCAUCUACCUCUACAGUAAAUGGCAAUUCUGGCUGAGGAUGUACCAAGAUAGGGGCAGAUGUAAACAGAGUCUUUAAUCUGGAAAAUGCAGUGUCAGCCUUAUUGGACCACUGAAAAGGAGUCCCUUUACGUGUAAGUUCAGUGAUCGGUGUAAUAACGGCAGAGAAAUUCUUAAUGAAACGCCUGUAAAAAUUGGCAAACCCCACAAAUCUCUGUAUAUCUUUUUCAUUCUUGGGGAUGGGCCAGUCCAGCACAGCUUUAAUUUUACUUGCGUCCAUACUUAAACCUUUAGGAGUUAUUACAUACCCCAGGAACUGAAUUUCUGUUUGUUCAAACUCACAUUUUUCCAGUUUAAUGUAUAGGUGGUGGGUACGAAGGCGCUCAAGAACAAUGCAGACCUGUUUUCUGUGAUUUUCAAGAUCAUCAGAAAAUAUCAGGAUAUCAUCCAAAUAUGCCACAACAAACUGAUCCAGGAGAUCCCGUAGUACAUCAUUGAUUAGAUGCUGAAAAGUUGCAGGGGCAUUACAAAGCCCAAAUGGCAUUACUAGAUAUUCGUAAUGUCCGUACCUGGUUCUGAAAGCUGUUUUCCAUUCAUCAUUUGGUCUUAUGCGAACCAGAUUAUAUGCCCCCCGUAGAUCAAGCUUCGUAAAUAUUUUAGCUGAACGAAGUCUCUCCAGAAGUUCAGGAAUGAGAGGCAAGGGAUAACGGUUUUUAACAGUGAUUUUAUUAAUGUCCCUGUAAUCAACACAAGGCCGUAGACUGCCAUCUUUCUUUUCUACAAAGAAUAUAGGAGCUCCUGCUGGAGAAGUGGAUGGUCGAAUAAAGCCUUUGGCAAGAUUUUCUUGUAUGUAUUCACGAAGUGCUUUCAAUUCAGGCUCAGAAAGGGAGUAUAUACGGCCAAAUGGGAUAGCAGCUCCAGGUAGCAGCUCUAUGGGGCAAUCAUAAGGCCUGUGAGGUGGAAGCUGAUCAGCAUUCUUCUUAUCACAGACAUCUGCAAAAUCCUGAUAUUGUAGCGGAAGCUUAGUUAAGUUUGUAGCAACCAUUUCAUUAAUUGUUGUGGUAACAGGUGUCGCCUUAGAGGGUUGACAAUUCAUUAAGCAGUGUUCUGAAGGAAAGGACAAAGUUCUAGUCUUCCAAUCAAUCUGUGGGUUAUGCAGAGCAAGCCAGGGUAUACCCAAAAUCACUGGAAACUGUGUUGAGGAAAUUAGGUGGAAAGAUAUAGACUCAUGGUGAUUCACUUCCAGAAUCAAUUUUAAGGGCACAGUCUCAUGUGUAACCGGGCCUGACGUAAGUGGAGAACCGUCUACUGUUUCCAUUAACACAGGUGAAGAUUUAGGGAUAGACUGAAUUUUAUUUCCUGCUGCAAAUUUAAUGUCCAUAAAGUUUCCGCCUGCUCCGGAAUCUAUCAUAGCUGUAGUUGAAAUUAUAUUAUUACCAUAUUGCAAAGUGAUAGGCACCACCAAAUGAGGAUGUUGAGUCAUCAUACCUUCUUCACCCUGAGCCAGAGAAAACAAGGGUUGUGUGACAGAAUCCAGUUGGUCUGAAAUCUGGGAUUGGUGUUGAAUCUGUGCACCCUCAGCAGUCAUAGCUAUUGUUCUUUUAGACUUGUUAGGGCACUUGAUGGCAUAAUGCCCUGCACUACCACAAUACAGGCAUAAGUUGUGAGUGCGUCGCCACUGUUUUUCUUCAUUGGAUAAUGGCCCUCUUAUUAGAUCUACUUGCAUAGCCUCAGGUUCAGAGUCUGUAGGUGUUUGUGGGGUCGGAGUAGAAAUUCUUGAAUAGAAAGUAGGAGUAGCACUUGGUUUAAAAGAGCCCUGUCUUUCCAAUCUUCUUUCUGAAAGUCUCCGAUCAAUACGGAUAGCCAACCGCACAAAUGCAUCAAACUCAACAGGAAGAUCAACACGAGCUAGCUCAUCUUUUAUAGCUUCUGAGAGACCCCUUCUGAAGUGGAACCUCUGGGCUGAUUGGUUCCAAGUAGUAUCAGUAACCCACUGUCUGAAUUCAGCAGCAUAUUCAGCCACAGAGCGCCUCCCUUGAUGUAAAUGAAGGAGAGUGGCUUCUGCUGUAGCACAGCGAUUGGGAUCAUCAAAAACUAGGCACAUGGCCUCAAGAAAGUCUUUUAAAUUUCCCAAGAUUGGACUGUCCUGUUCCAGAAAAGGGGAGCCCCAGGCCAGGGCUUCAUCUUUGAAGAGGGAAAAAAUAAAUCCCACCUUCUCUCUUUCAGAUGGAAAAUGGUUAGGUAACAUCAUAAAAUGCAAACGGCAUUGAUUUAGGAAACCCCUGAAUUUUUUGCGGUCUCCUCCAAAUUUUUCUGGUAGAGGCAAGCGGGCAUCUUGUGCAGGUGUAACAGUAGUAGUAGCAGCAGCCGCAACAUCAUGUGCCCUGUAGCUGGUAAGCUCACUAUGCAUUGAUCGAACUUCAUUUUGCAGUUCAGCUACCUGAUCCUGCAGCACUUGAAUGGUCUGUGCCUGGGUCUGCAUAGUUCUUGCAUUAAAAGCAACCUGCUGGGCCAAUGCAGAAUCUGAUCCGACGGUCUCCAUGAAUGGGCCAGAUUAUUCUGUAAUGAUAUUGAUGUUACAAAGUUUUGGAGUCCAGUAGCCAGAUCAGCAAUGUUUUCUGCCAGAGGUAGCCACUCGUUACCCAGGUGGUUGAGCCCCUGAGCCUUGAGUGGCCUUCUGGUCUUAAGCAGAGAUGGGAGACUGGAACAGAAAGAUGAUAAUCGUAGUGAGGCAAGCCGAGGUCAGUGGGAAGGAGAAGCAGCAAAGUCAAAACAGUCCAAAUUCAGCAACAGGAAGGAGAAACAGGAACACGCUGGAUUAGAGAGUACAGGAACCACAAUAAUCUGGCAAAGGUAAAGAGACAGGAAGUGGCUUUUAUAGGCCAAGAACCAGACACCUGACUAGACACAGCUGAAGUGAGUUGUCACUGAUAACCUUGACUCUACAAGCAAUGGUAUCAGAUCUCAGGUAAAUUUGCAAAAGGCAGGCUGGUGUACUGGUAAUGAAAAGGUUUAGCAUCAUGUAAACCAGGGUUCGAAACCCAGCAGAGUCAGUUCCUCACAGGGUGUUUGCUUCGGUGUCAAUGACUGUCUGCCUGUGUGUGUGUGUGUGUGUGUGUGUGUGGCUGCUAGUGAGUUUGUGUGUGUGUGUGUGCCUGCUAGUGAGUGAGCUUGUAUGUGUGUCAGUGAGCUUGUCUGUAGGGAUCAUAUGUGUGUGUGUGUUAGUGAGCUUGUCUGUAAGGAGCAUGGGUGUGUCGGAGCCUGUCUGUGGUGAGCAUGUGUGUACAGUGAGCUUGUCUGUAGUAAGCAUGAGUGUGCAGCCAACUAUUUAAAUUGCCUAUAUUUAUAUAUAUAUAUAGGCAAUUGAAAUAGUUGGCUGCACUCUCGGAUUUCCUGAAAAUGUAACUUUUAUUGAAAUAUUUAAGAGAAGAUCAACGUUUCAGUCCCUCUUGUGGACUUUCGUCAUGAUCCUGACGAAAGUCCACAAGAGGGACUGAAACGUUGAUCUUCUCUUAAAUAUUUCAAUAAAAGUUACAUUUUCAGGAAAUCCGAGAGUGCAGCCAACUAUUUCAAUUGCAUAUAUAUAUAUAUAUAUAUAUAUAUAUAUAUAUAUAUAUACCCUCCUACAUAGCACAAUGACUUAUGGGGCUGGCAUAGAUUUUUUUCAGGGCUGCUUCGUAUCCCCAGUCCGGCCCUGACACUCACUCACUGAUUGACAGAUGCACACACUGACAAACACACACUCACUCUCUGACACACACUCACUCACUCACUGAUUGACAGACACACACACACUGACACACACACACUCACUCUCUGACAGACACACUCACUCACUCACUCACUCACUGAUUGACAGACACACAAACACUGACACACACACACAGACACUGAAAGACACACAGACCCACACUCACUGAUAGACACACUGACAGACACACAGACACACUCACUGACAGACACACACACACACUCACUGACAGACACAUACACACACUCACUGACACACACACACACUCACUCACUGAUUGACCGACACACACACACUGGCAGACACACACUUUCUGACAGAGACACACACACACACUGACUCACUGACAGACACACACUGACACUGAAAGACACACAGACCCACACUCGCUGACAGACACACACACACACCCACACUGCCAGACACACAGACACAUUCACUGACAGACACACACACUCACUGACAGACACACAGACACACACACACACUCACUAACACACACACACACACACACUCACUCACUGAUUGACGGAUACACACAAACCGGCAGACACACACACUCUCUGACAGAGACACGCACACACACACUCACUCACUGACAGACACACACAUACUGACAGGCAGACACACACACACACACACUGAAAGACACACAGACACACACUUACUGACAGACACACUCACACUGACAGACACACAGACACACUCACUGACAGACACACACACACAUUGUUGCACACACUCACAUCAUUUAAUUUAUUGUUCCCUACCUUUGGAAGCUGGUGUGGGGCCUCUCCUUUCCUGCUCCUCAGUGCUCCCUUACGCGCGCAGUUUAGUGAUGCCAGGUGCAGAAAAUACAUCAUAUUCCUGCAUCACUACAGACACAUCUAUGGGACGUGGCCCGGCAUAUUUAAAUCGCCGGUCUUAGAAGAGAGAACAAGCUCCUGACGAAGUCUGACGAAAAACACGAAACGUGUUGAGCAUUUCCUGAGCCCCGAAAGGAUCCCAGCAGCUGGUAGUGCAAGAAUGGUCCCAUUUAAUCAGUGAAGGAAGAUCUGUGGACGCAUAAUACCACCACCUGAGACUGCUGUACCUGGGGAAUCAGCCUAUUUAAGGCAAAAGCGCUUUUGCACAUAUUGAUUUGCUUCAGUUGUGCCAAGGCUUCUAUGAGUGUCCUUUGUUAUUUUUUUUAUAUCUCUUGUAAUUAAAGUUGAUAUUUUCUUCUCUUUUCCAUGUGAGUCCAUCGUGCUCAUCUCCUAGACGGUAAUUAUAUCCACCACUUUGUUUGUGAGAGUAGCGCCCUACACUUUUUUUUGACUUUGUUACUAUACAGUUAGUUUUUGCACUGGUUUUUGGAGGGAUAACGGAGGGAUUCCCAUUUGUAGUUUCUUGCCUGCACAAUCUCUUCUCCUGGUUAGCUCACUAUUCUAUAGUUGGCAUUAUAUCUGUUAAAAAUGCUCCUCACUCGGAUGAUUGGAUUGGUUUUACUGUGACAGGGGUCUAGUGUGUCGUCACCAGUGGGCCACUCUAGGAACAAUACACGGGGGGGGGGGCACAUAAUACACACAAUAUACAUAGGGGGGCACUAAUUAUAUCCAUCAAUAAAUCAUAGUAGUCGCUGUGACAGGAGGAUACAGGUUGUGGUAGCCACCGGGGGUAACAGGGGCUGUAUUGGGUGCAGGGGGUAUUGAUUGCAGAGUGGAAAUGGGCCUUUAGUUGGUGUAACAAAAUCCCUUAUUUACAGACCAUGCGAACAAGCCUGUUCGGUUAUUUGGAGGAUUACAGCGGGAUUUCGUGAAAAUAGCCAUAAAAGCAAAUAAAUUACCUAACCACCGACCUCCCACUGAGGUCGUGUGGCGUCUAUUGACCACCCUGACUGUUGCGGUUAACCACAGACUAAUUGGGGAAUAGCUGGUGGUCCGCGUUCGUUUACCGAACACGUGGCAAUCGCCAUUUUGUAUUGUCGAACGUGCAGCGGUAAAUGGCGAGGAUUCCCUGGAACUGAUUUCGGCUACUUAUUUUGUCGAACACCGCUGCUACCUCCUCCCAUCCCCGUUCGUAUGGUGGAAAAACACACGAAUGAAGGGGAUACUACUUCAUUCGUGCGCUGAAAGUAUGCGAAAGUGACUGACCCCAGAUAGCUACAGUAUGGAACUUGCAGUCGGCUGCAAACACACGAACGGCCGGUGAAAGUCAAACUUCGGUCGACGAUUCUGAGACCUGUGUUCGUGGGAUCUGAGCGCUAUUCGCCUAGAAUAUGCCCUCAGAUCCAAGCUAUCUGGGGAUAUGUGGAACUUAAAGGUUAUGUUGUGUAAAAAGAAAGUUAUAGAUUUUUAUUCGGUUUUGCUGAAAUAAGAAAAGCCAUGUUUCUUUCUUCCUGGAGAUAAUUAAGGCUCUCUUUGCUACCUUAAGUUAAUUAUCUCCAGGAUGGAAAAGAGGGAGUGAUUUAUGUAAAAGGGGAGUGCUUAUGCUAUAGCCACUGUGAUUGGCUACUGUGAUAUUUUUGUCCCAGUCUUCCAUCUGGUCCCCUAGGGGAGUGUCCACCAAGUGGGAGACCUGCAUAAAUACCGGGCAGGUAGCCCACAGUAAAUCAGAUCGUUUUACCCCUUCAUGAAGUCUCGACUCAUGUUUGGGGGAUUUGGAGUUAUAAUCACUUCGUUUCAGCUGGAUUUCGGGAGAAGCUGCAAGGAUCAUCGCUGCACGAAUAGAAGGAUCCUUUACAGUUGGUGCAUGGGGAUAAAAGCUGUAGGUAGUGCAUGCAGGGAGUAAUAGGGCGAUGUAGUGGGUGCAGGGAGUAAUAGGGCAAUGUAGUGGAUGCAGGGAGUAAUAGGGCGAUGUAGUGGGUGCAGGUAGUAAUAGGGCGAUGUAGUGGGUGCAGGCAGUAAUAGGGAGAUGUAGUGGGUGCAGGUAGUAAUAGGGCGAUGUAGUGGAUGCAGGCAGUAAUAGGGCGAUGUAGUGGGUGCAGGUAGUAAUAGGGCGAUGUAGUGGGUGCAGGGAGUAAUAGGGCGAUGUAGUGGGUGCAGGGAGUAAUAGGGCGAUGUAGUGGGUGCAGGGAGUAAUAGGGAGAUGUAGUGGGUGCAGGCAGUAAUAGGGAGAUGUAGUGGGUGCAGGUAGUAAUAGGGCGAUGUAGUGGGUGCAGGUAGUAAUAGGAUGAUGUAGUGGGUGCAGGUAGUAAUAGGGCGAUGUAGUGGAUGCAGGUAGUAAUAGGGAGAUGUAGUGGGUGCAGGGAGUAAUAGGGCAAUGUAGUGGGUGCAGGCAGUAAUAGGGCGAUGUAGUGGGUGCAGGGAGUAAUAGGGCGAUGUAGUGGGUGCAGGUAGUAAUAGGGCGAUGUAGUGGGUGCAGGCAGUAAUAGGGCGAUGUAGUGGGUGCAGGGAGUAAUAGGGCGAUGUAGUGGGUGCAGGUAGUAAUAGCUUAUUUUGUCGAACACCGCUGCUACCUCCUCCCAUCCCCGUUCGUACGGUGGAAAAACACACGAAUGAAGGGGAUACUACUUCAUUCGUGCGCUGAAAGUAUGCGAAAGUGACCGACCCCAGAUAGCUAUAGUAUGGAACUUGCAGUCGGCUGCAAACACACGAACGGCCGGUGAAAGUCAAACUUCGGUCGACGAUUCUGAGAACUGUGUUUGUGGGAUCUGAGCGCUAUUCGCCUAGAAUAUGCCCUCAGAUCCAAGCUAUCUGGGGAUAUGUGGAACUUAAAGUUUAUGUUGUGUAAAAAGAAAGUUAUAUAUUUUUAUUCUGUUUUGCUGAAAUAAGAAAAGCCAUGUUUCUUUCUUCCUGGAGAUAAUUAAGGCUCUCUUUGCUACCUUAAGUUAAUUAUCUCCAGGAUGGAAAGGAGGGAGUGAACUAUGUAAAAGGGGAGUGCUUAUGUUAUAGCCACUGUGAUUGGCUACUGUAAUUCUUUUGUCCCAGUCUUCCAUCUGGUCCCCUAGGGGAGUGUCCACCAGGUGGGAGACCUGCAUAAAUACCGGGCAGGUAGCCCACAGUAAAUCAGAUCGUUUUACCCCUUCAUGAAGUCUCGACUCAUGUUUGGGGGAUUUGGAGUUAUAAUCACUUCGUUUCAGCUGGAUUUCGGGAGAAGCUGCAAGGAUCAUCGCUGCACGAAUAGAAGGAUCCUUUACAGUUGGUGCAUGGGGAUAAAAGCUGUAGGUAGUGCAUGCAGGGAGUAAUAGGGCGAUGUAGUGGGUGCAAGGAGUAAUAGGGCAAUGUAGUGGAUGCAGGGAGUAAUAGGGCGAUGUAGUGGGUGCAGGCAGUAAUAGGGAGAUGUAGUGGGUGCAGGUAGUAAUAGGGCGAUGUAGUGGAUGCAGGUAGUAAUAGGGCGAUGUAGUGGGUGCAGGCAGUAAUAGGGCGAUGUAGUGGGUGCAGGUAGUAAUAGGGCGAUGUAGUGGGUGCAGGGAGUAAUAGGGCGAUGUAGUGGGUGCAGGGAGUAAUAGGGCGAUGUAGUGGGUGCAGGCAGUAAUAGGGAGAUGUAGUGGGUGCAGGUAGUAAUAGGGCGAUGUAGUGGAUGCAGGCAGUAAUAGGGCGAUGUAGUGGGUGCAGGUAGUAAUAGGGCGAUGUAGUGGGUGCAGGUAGUAAUAGGGUGAUGUAGUGGGUGCAGGUAGUAAUAGGGCGAUGUAGUGGAUGCAGGUAGUAAUAGGGAGAUGUAGUGGGUGCAGGGAGUAAUAGGGCGAUGUAGUGGGUGCAGGUAGUAAUAGGGCGAUGUAGUGGGUGCAGGCAGUAAUAGGGCGAUGUAGUGGGUGCAGGGAGUAAUAGGGCGAUGUAGUGGGUGCAGGUAGUAAUAGGGCGAUGUAGUGGGUGCAGGGAGUAAUAGGGCGAUGUAGUGGAUUCAGGGAGUAAUAGGGCGAUGUAGUGGGUGCAGGUAGUAAUAGGACGAUGUAGUGGGUGCAGGGGGAUGAGGCUGUAGUGGGUGCAGAGGAUAAUAGGGGCUGUAGUGGGUGCAGAGGAUAAUAGGGGCUGUAGUGGGUGCAGGCAGUAAUAGGGUGAUAUAGUGGAUGCAGGGGGUAGGGGUUGUAGUGGGUGCAGGGGGUAAUAGGGACUGUGGUGGGUGCAGGGGGUGUAGUAGGUGCAUGGGUGAUGGGAGUCUGUAGUGGGUGCACGGGGUAAUAAGGGUUGUAGUGGGUGCAGGGGGCAAUAGGGGCUGUAGUGGAUACAUGGGGAUAGGGAAUGUGGUGGGUGCAGGAUUAAUUGGGGCUGUGGUGGGAACAGGGUAAUUGGGGCUGUGGUGGGCGCAGGGAUAAUUGGGGCUGUGGUGGGUGCAGGGGAUAAUUGGGGCUGUGGUGGGCGCAGGUGAUAAUUUAGGCUGUUGUGGGCGCACAGAAUAAUUGGGACUGUGGUGGGCGCAGGUGAUAAUUUAGGCUGUGGUAGGCGCAGGGGAUAAUUGGGGCUGUGGUGGGCGCAGGGGAUAAUUGGGGCUGUGGUGGGCACAGGUGAUAAUUUAGGCUGUGGUGGGCGCAGGGGAUAAUUGGGGCCGUGGUGGGUGCAGGGGGUAAUAGGGGCUAUAGUGGGUGCAGGGCUUAAUAGGGACUGUGGUGGGUGCAGGGAUUAAUUGGGGCUGUGGUCGGCGCAGGUGAUAAUUUAGGUUGUGGUGGGCGCAGGGGAUAAUUGGGGCUGUGGUGGGCGCAGGUGAUAAUUUAGGCUGUGGUGGGUGCAGGGGUUAAUUGGGGCUUUGGUGGGUGCAGGGAUUAAUUAGGGCUGUGGUGGGCACAGGGGGUAAUUGGGGCUGUGGUCGGCGCAGGUGAUAAUUUAGGCUGUGGUGGGCGAAGGGGAUAAUUGGGGCUGUGGUGGGUGCAGGGAUUAAUUAGGGCUGUGGUGGGUGCAGCAGGGCAUAGUAUCUUAACUCAACACACAAGUAUAGUCAACUGUCAUGCAGUUAGUUUGUUAUUUUAAUGCUGUGUUCACGUGCUGUAGGUAAUUAUGAUAUUAUGGGGGGAGAAUCAGUAUAAUUUGGUGAAUUAAUAUGGUGAAAGAGAUCCCGUAUCUGCAGAUCCUGGCCCAGCCUGUUGCUAUUUAGUGAUAUGCCUAUACUUUACAGUAAUUAUUUAAGCUGGGAUUCCUCAAAAUCAGCUGUUUAACCCUAAAUUCAGGAAAUCAGUUUCCGAUUUGUUAGAAUUCAGGUUAUUAUUAUUAUUAUUAUUAUGUUAUUAUAGUCCAUGAUCCACUUGGAGUAUUUUAUUGUUAGCACCACAUGAUUCUAAAUGGAAUUAGUAAAUUCAGCGACCACAUCCAACGUGGGAGUUUUUCAUUCAGUUUUGCUACUUUACCCAAAUGUUCCAAAUAUGUUGCUUAUUAAAUAGUUUUCCGAGGAAUUGGUUAACUCUUUGUUCACUGAAUCUAAUCGAUGAUUUUCUCUUUAAGCCUCUUGUAUUUUUAGAGUUGGCCUUGCCAGGCAUGGAUGUUACCUGAGGCUCAGACCAUAAUCAAUAUAUUUAUUCUUUUCAAAUAAUUUUUAUUUAAAGUUUUUGUAACAUUUUUAAUAAGGGUGGGGAAAGGAAGGAAAACCUGGACGUACGGAAGGGGAAGUCCAUCCAUUAUUUUAAUCGAUACAGUAAUGUAUAAUGCUGUACAACUAUAAAUCAGGUCUUUAUAAAAUAUAAACUUUUUUAACUUCACCUUCCCAUAAAUCCCAAUUCUCUCCUGUAGGAUUACGAUCAUGAUGACUUCAAUGUCGGUUAUGGACCUCUCGGAACUUUAGUGGCCAAUGACCCACAUGAAGGAGGACUUCAUAAAGUGGUAAGAAUCACAGAAAAUGGUUUCAUUCAAUGUGGGCAGCGGACAGUAACACUAAAUACUAAUUCCCCAUAGGGUACCAAAGGGAUGCCCUGAAUCCUCAGCACAAAUAUUGCAUCCUGCCAGAGGGAUUUAGACUUGCUCUGAUAUUGCUCCUUUUAUCUUCAAUAUGUGCCUCGUGAAAACCAUCAAUUAAACAUUUGUCAGUUGCAGCCAAUCACAUUGCCCCAUUUACCUUCCAUUGGCCUCUAUGUGAAAUAAUGCUGACAUACACCAUUAAUAUAAGCAAAUAAUUAUUUCUCUAAAACUAUUCACAUGUCUCGAUGCCACCGGAGUGUCCUGGAGACGUCAUAAUAAAUCACAAGGCUGAAGGCUUUAUUUUCCUUUAAUAUAUACUUCACGUUUAUAUUAUAGAGCUAUUUGUAUAUUUAAUAUUACAUGAUGUUAUUGAGCUAUUUGUAUAUUUAAUAUUACAUGAUGUUAUAGAGCUAUUUGUAUAUUUAAUAUUACAUGAUGCUAUAGAGCUAUUUGUAUAUUUAAUAUUACAUGAUGCUAUAGAGCUAUUUGUAUAUUUAAUAUAACAUGAUGUUAUUGAGCUAUUUGUAUAUUUAAUAUUACAUGAUGCUAUAGAGCUAUUUGUAUAUUUAAUAUAACAUGAUGUUAUAGAGCUAUUUGUAUAUUUAAUAUAACAUGAUGUUAUAGAGCUAUUUGUAUAUUUAAUAGUACAUGAUGCUAUAGAGCUAUUUGUAUAUUUAAUAUAACAUGAUGUUAUAGAGCUAUUUGUAUAUUUAAUAUUACAUGAUGUUAUAGAGCUAUUUGUAUAUUUAAUAUUACAUGAUGUUAUAGAGCUAUUUGUAUAUUUAAUAUUACAUGAUGUUAUAGAGCUAUUUGUAUAUUUAAUAUAACAUGAUGUUAUAGAGCUAUUUGUAUAUUUAAUAUUACAUGAUGUUAUAGAGCUAUUUGUAUAUUUAAUAUAACAUGAUGUUAUAGAGCUAUUUGUAUAUUUAAUAUUACAUGAUGUUAUAGAGUUAUUUGUAUAUUUAAUAUAACAUGAUGCUAUAGAGCUAUUUGUAUAUUUAAUAUAACAUGAUGUUAUAGAGCUAUUUGUAUAUUUAAUAUUACAUGAUGUUAUAGAGCUAUUUGUAUAUUUAAUAUAACAUGAUGUUAUAGAGUUAUUUGUAUAUUUAAUAUUACAUGAUGUUAUUGAGCUAUUUGUAUAUUUAAUAUAACAUGAUGUUAUAGAGCUAUUUGUAUAUUUAAUAUAACAUGAUGCUAUAGGACUAUUUGUAUAUUUAAUAUUACAUGAUGUUAUUGAGCUAUUUGUAUAUUUAAUAUUACAUGAUGCUAUAGGACUAUUUGUAUAUUUAAUAUAACAUGAUGCUAUAGGACUAUUUGUAUAUUUAAUAUUACAUGAUGUUAUUGAGCUAUUUGUAUAUUUAAUAUAACAUGAUGUUAUAGAGUUAUUUGUAUAUUUAAUAUAACAUGAUGCUAUAGGACUAUUUGUAUAUUUAAUAUUACAUGAUGUUAUUGAGCUAUUUGUAUAUUUAAUAUUACAUGAUGUUAUUGAGCUAUUUGUAUAUUUAAUAUAACAUGAUGCUAUAGGACUAUUUGUAUAUUUAAUAUUACAUGAUGUUAUUGAGCUAUUUGUAUAUUUAAUAUUACAUGAUGCUAUAGAGCUAUUUGUAUAUUUAAUAUAACAUGAUGCUAUAGGACUAUUUGUAUAUUUAAUAUAACAUGAUGUUAUUGAGCUAUUUGUAUAUUUAAUAUUACAUGAUGCUAUAGAGCUAUUUGUAUAUUUAAUAUAACAUGAUGCUAUAGGACUAUUUGUAUAUUUAAUAUUACAUGAUGUUAUUGAGCUAUUUGUAUAUUUAAUAUUACAUGAUGCUAUAGAGCUAUUUGUAUAUUUAAUAUAACAUGAUGUUAUAGAGCUAUUUGUAUAUUUAAUAUUACAUGAUGCUAUAGAGCUAUUUGUAUAUUUAAUAUAACAUGAUAUUAUUGAGCUAUUUGUAUAUUUAAUAUUACAUGAUGUUAUAGAGCUAUUUGUAUAUUUAAUAUUACAUGAUGUUAUAGAGCUAUUUGUAUAUUUAAUAUUACAUGAUGUUAUAGAGCUAUUUGUAUAUUUAAUAUUACAUGAUGCUAUAGAGCUAUUUGUAUAUUUAAUAUAACGAUGUUAUAGAGCUAUUUGUAUAUUUAAUAUAACAUGAUGUUAUAGAGUUAUUUGUAUAUUUAAUAUUACAUGAUGUUAUUGAGCUAUUUGUAUAUUUAAUAUAACAUGAUGUUAUAGAGCUAUUUGUAUAUUUAAUAUAACAUGAUGCUAUAGGACUAUUUGUAUAUUUAAUAUUACAUGAUGUUAUUGAGCUAUUUGUAUAUUUAAUAUUACAUGAUGUUAUUGAGCUAUUUGUAUAUUUAAUAUAACAUGAUGCUAUAGGACUAUUUGUAUAUUUAAUAUAACAUGAUGUUAUUGAGCUAUUUGUAUAUUUAAUAUUACAUGAUGUUAUAGAGCUAUUUGUAUAUUUAAUAUUACAUGAUGUUAUUGAGCUAUUUGUAUAUUUAAUAUAACAUGAUGUUAUAGAGCUAUUUGUAUAUUUAAUAUAACAUGAUGCUAUAGGACUAUUUGUAUAUUUAAUAUUACAUGAUGUUAUUGAGCUAUUUGUAUAUUUAAUAUUACAUGAUGUUAUUGAGCUAUUUGUAUAUUUAAUAUAACAUGAUGCUAUAGGACUAUUUGUAUAUUUAAUAUAACAUGAUGCUAUAGGACUAUUUGUAUAUUUAAUAUUACAUGAUGUUAUUGAGCUAUUUGUAUAUUUAAUAUUACAUGAUGUUAUUGAGCUAUUUGUAUAUUUAAUAUAACAUGAUGCUAUAGGACUAUUUGUAUAUUUCAUAUAACAUGAUGUUAUUGAGCUAUUUGUAUAUUUAAUAUUACAUGAUGCUAUAGAGCUAUUUGUAUAUUUAAUAUAACAUGAUGCUAUAGGACUAUUUGUAUAUUUAAUAUAACAUGAUGUUAUUGAGCUAUUUGUAUAUUUAAUAUUACAUGAUGCUAUAGAGCUAUUUGUAUAUUUAAUAUAACAUGAUGCUAUAGGACUAUUUGUAUAUUUAAUAUUACAUGAUGUUAUUGAGCUAUUUGUAUAUUUAAUAUUACAUGAUGCUAUAGAGCUAUUUGUAUAUUUAAUAUAACAUGAUGCUAUAGGACUAUUUGUAUAUUUAAUAUUACAUGAUGUUAUUGAGCUAUUUGUAUAUUUCAUAUAACAUGAUGUUAUUGAGCUAUUUGUAUAUUUAAUAUUACAUGAUGCUAUAGAGCUAUUUGUAUAUUUAAUAUAACAUGAUGUUAUUGAACUAUUUGUAUAUUUAAUAUAACAUGAUGCUAUAGAGCUAUUUGUAUAUUUAAUAUUACAUGAUGUUAUAGAGCUAUUUGUAUAUUUAAUAUAACAUGAUGCUAUAGAGCUAUUUGUAUAUUUAAUAUUACAUGAUGUUAUUGAGCUAUUUGUAUAUUUAAUAUUACAUGAUGUUAUAGAGCUAUUUGUAUAUUUAAUAUAACAUGAUGUUAUAGAGCUAUUUGUAUAUUUAAUAUUACAUGAUGCUAUAGAGCUAUUUGUAUAUUUAAUAUUACAUGAUGCUAUAGAGCUAUUUGUAUAUUUAAUAUUACAUGAUGUUAUAGAGCUAUUUCUAUAUUUAAUAGUACAUGAUGCUAUAGAGCUAUUUGUAUAUUUAAUAUAACAUGUAUAUUUAAUAUUACAUGAUGUUAUAGAGCUAUUUGUAUAUUUAAUAUUACAUGAUGCUAUAGAGCUAUUUGUAUAUUUAAUAUUACAUGAUGUUAUAGAGCUAUUUGUAUAUUUAAUAUUACAUGAUGCUAUAGAGCUAUUUGUAUAUUUAAUAUUACAUGAUGUUAUUGAGCUAUUUGUAUAUUUAAUAUAACAUGAUGCUAUAGAGCUAUUUGUAUAUUUAAUAUUACAUGAUGUUAUAGAGCUAUUUGUAUAUUUAAUAUUACAUGAUGCUAUAGAGCUAUUUGUAUAUUUAAUAUUACAUGAUGUUAUAGAGCUAUUUGUUUAUUUAAUAUUACAUGAUGUUAUAGAGCUAUUUGUAUAUUUAAUAUUACAUGAUGUUAUAGAGCUAUUUGUUUAUUUAAUAUAACAUGAUGUUAUAGAGCUAUUUGUAUAUUUAAUAUAACAUGAUGUUAUUGAGCUAUUUGUAUAUUUAAUAUAACAUGAUGCUAUAGAGCUAUUUGUAUAUUUAAUAUUACAUGAUGUUAUUGAGCUAUUUGUAUAUUUAAUAUAACAUGAUGUUAUAGAGCUAUUUGUAUAUUUAAUAUUACAUGAUGUUAUAGAGCUAUUUGUAUAUUUAAUAUUACAUGAUGUUAUUGAGCUAUUUGUAUAUUUAAUAUUACAUGAUGCUAUAGAGCUAUUUGUAUAUUUAAUAUAACAUGAUGCUAUAGAGCUAUUUGUAUAUUUAAUAUUACAUGAUGUUAUAGAGCUAUUUGUAUAUUUAAUAUUACAUGAUGCUAUAGAGCUAUUUGUAUAUUUAAUAUAACAUGAUGUUAUAGAGCUAUUUGUAUAUUUAAUAUUACAUGAUGCUAUAGAGCUAUUUGUAUAUUUAAUAUUACAUGAUGUUAUAGGACUAUUUGUAUAUUUAAUAUUACAUGAUGUUAUAGAGCUAUUUGUAUAUUUAAUAUUACAUGAUGUUAUAGAGCUAUUUGUAUAUUUAAUAUUACAUGAUAUUAUUGAGCUAUUUGUAUAUUUAAUAUUACAUGAUGUUAUAGAGCUAUUUGUAUAUUUAAUAUUACAUGAUGCUAUAGAGCUAUUUGUAUAUUUAAUAUUACAUGAUGCUAUAGAGCUAUUUGUAUAUUUAAUAUAACAUGAUGUUAUUGAGCUAUUUGUAUAUUUAAUAUUACAUGAUGCUAUAGAGCUAUUUGUAUAUUUAAUAUAACAUGAUGCUAUAGAGCUAUUUGUAUAUUUAAUAUAACAUGAUGUUAUAGAGUUAUUUGUAUAUUUAAUAUAACAUGAUGUUAUAGAGCUAUUUGUAUAUUUAAUAUAACAUGAUGUUAUAGAGUUAUUUGUAUAUUUAAUAUAACAUGAUGUUAUAGAGCUAUUUGUAUAUUUAAUAUUACAUGAUGUUAUAGAGCUAUUUGUAUAUUUAAUAUAACAUGAUGUUAUAGAGCUAUUUGUAUAUUUAAUAUUACAUGAUGUUAUAGAGCUAUUUGUAUAUUUAAUAUUACAUGAUGCUAGGCCAGCCUAAGAACGGACACCCUGGACUGAGGAUAGCGCCCCCUCAAUGAUACCUCGCACAGAAGGCCUACCACACAGGCGCACUGCUACUGGAACCCUGAACGGGAUCUGCUCAACUUGGAACGGAAGCCAGAAUGCACCCCCCCUCCCCCUUUUUUUUCCCUUUCUUUCCCCCCAUUCCCUCUCUCUCUCUCCCUUCCCACCCCUCCCCUCCCCUCCGCACCCCAUCGGGGCCCUGCAGGCGUGGAUAGAGAGGGCAUCUAUCCCCACAAGGCCCCCUUCUCCAUCCUAAGAAAUGGAGGCACACCACAGUCACCACCGUCUGCCCAGCACAGACUAACACGGCGAGACCCACAUCCUCCCCCGAGACCACCUCCCCCCCUCCUCAUUCCGCCCACACACCAUCAACCACGCUCGGGUGCUCCAGAGAGCCCAUAGGGCAACACACCCCCACCACAGCCAAUAGCACUCACAAUGCAAUGACUAGUCAAACGCCGACAACACAAGGCAUCUCUCGAGAGCCCCAUUCCUGGUCCUGUCUCCCCACACGGGACGCAAAGCAGGGAAAGGACUGCCCGUGGAGCAGCAAGAUGACCCACAGAGACCACGAGCGUGGGCAAAAACACACGCCAACCGACCACCUCCCACCCCACUAGCCCCGUACCCCUCCUGCCUGCGCACGCCCCACCAUCGUCACCGCUCCCCCCCCAUCCCUCCUAUUCCCUCCCCAGACAAACAAGACAAAUGCACACAUAGUCACACACACUCAGAACAGGAGGAACAUCUCUCAUACACGUGAAGGUACGAGAAUGCACAUCCCACGAGAUCCCACAAACUUUAUGCUCAUUGACAUACAAAUGUACUAAUUGCAAAUCUCUGUGGUUUUUGUUGUGUAUGAUGGUACCCCCUCUAAGCCCUCUCUUUGUUCUGUAACCUCACAUAUGUUAUAUAUAAAUAAAGAAUUUAUAAAAAAAAUAUUACAUGAUGCUAUAGAGCUAUUUGUAUAUUUAAUAUUACAUGAUGUUAUAGAGCUAUUUGUAUAUUUAAUGUUACAUGAUGUUAUAGAGCUAUUUGUAUAUUUAAUAUUACAUGAUGCUGUAGAGCUAUUUGUAUAUUUAAUAUUACAUGAUGUUAUAGAGCUAUUUGUAUAUUUAAUAUAACAUGAUGUUAUAGAGUUAUUUGUAUAUUUAAUAUUACAUGAUGUUAUAGAGUUAUUUGUAUAUUUAAUAUAACAUGAUGCUAUAGAGCUAUUUAUAUAUUUAAUAUUACAUGAUGUUAUAGAGUUAUUUGUAUAUUUAAUAUAACAUGAUGCUAUAGAGCUAUUUGUAUAUUUAAUAUUACAUGAUGUUAUUGAGCUAUUUGUAUAUUUAAUAUUACAUGAUGUUAUAGAGCUAUUUGUAUAUUUAAUAUAACAUGAUGUUAUAGAUUUAUUUGUAUAUUUAAUAUUACAUGAUGUUAUAGAGUUAUUUGUAUAUUUAAUAUUACAUGAUGCUAUAGAGCUAUUUAUAUAUUUAAUAUUACAUGAUGUUAUAGAGUUAUUUGUAUAUUUAAUAUAACAUGAUGCUAUAGAGCUAUUUGUAUAUUUAAUAUUACAUGAUGUUAUUGAGCUAUUUGUAUAUUUAAUAUUACAUGAUGUUAUAGAGCUAUUUGUAUAUUUAAUAUAACAUGAUGUUAUAGAGCUAUUUGUAUAUUUAAUAUUACAUGAUGUUAUAGAGCUAUUUGUAUAUUUAAUAUUACAUGAUGCUAUAGAGCUAUUUGUAUAUUUAAUAUAACAUGAUGUUAUAGAGCUAUUUGUAUAUUUAAUAUAACAUGAUGUUAUUGAGCUAUUUGUAUAUUUAAUAUAACAUGAUGCUAUAGAGCUAUUUGUAUAUUUAAUAUUACAUGAUGUUAUAGAGCUAUUUGUAUAUUUAAUAUUACAUGAUGUUAUUGAGCUAUUUGUAUAUUUAAUAUUACAUGAUGCUAUAGAGCUAUUUGUAUAUUUAAUAUUACAUGAUGUUAUUGAGCUAUUUGUAUAUUUAAUAUUACAUGAUGUUAUAGAGCUAUUUGUAUAUUUAAUAUUACAUGAUGCUAUAGAGCUAUUUGUAUAUUUAAUAUUACAUGAUGCUAUAGAGCUAUUUGUAUAUUUAAUAUAACAUGAUGUUAUAGAGCUAUUUGUAUAUUUAAUAUAACAUGAUGUUAUAGAGCUAUUUGUAUAUUUAAUAGUACAUGAUGCUAUAGAGCUAUUUGUAUAUUUAAUAUAACAUGAUGUUAUAGAGCUAUUUGUAUAUUUAAUAUUACAUGAUGUUAUAGGACUAUUUGUAUAUUUAAUAUUACAUGAUGUUAUAGGACUAUUUGUAUAUUUAAUAUUACAUGAUGUUAUAGAGCUUUUUGUAUAUUUAAUAUUACAUGAUGUUAUUGAGCUAUUUGUAUAUUUAAUAUUACAUGAUGUUAUUGAGCUAUUUGUAUAUUUAAUAUAACAUGAUGCUAUAGGGCUAUUUGUAUAUUUAAUACUACAUGAUGUUAUAGAGCUAUUUGUUUAUUUAAUAUUACAUGAUGUUAUAGGACUAUUUGUAUAUUUAAUAUAACAUGAUGCUAUAGGGCUAUUUGUAUAUUUAAUAUUACAUGAUGCUAUAGAGCUAUUUGUAUAUUUAAUAUUACAUGAUGUUAUAGAGCUAUUUGUAUAUUUAAUAUUACAUGAUGUUAUUGAGCUAUUUGUAUAUUUAAUAUAACAUGAUGCUAUAGGGCUAUUUGUAUAUUUAAUAUUACAUGAUGUUAUAGAGCUAUUUGUUUAUUUAAUAUAACAUGAUGUUAUAGAGCUAUUUGUAUAUUUAAUAUAACAUGAUGUUAUUGAGCUAUUUGUAUAUUUAAUAUUACAUGAUGUUAUAGAGCUAUUUGUAUAUUUAAUAUUACAUGAUGUUAUUGAGCUAUUUGUAUAUUUAAUAUAACAUGAUGCUAUAGGGCUAUUUGUAUAUUUAAUAUUACAUGAUGUUAUAGAGCUAUUUGUUUAUUUAAUAUAACAUGAUGUUAUAGAGCUAUUUGUAUAUUUAAUAUAACAUGAUGUUAUUGAGCUAUUUGUAUAUUUAAUAUAACAUGAUGUUAUUGAGCUAUUUGUAUAUUUAAUAUUACAUGAUGCUAUAGAGCUAUUUGUAUAUUUAAUAUUACAUGAUGUUAUAGAGCUAUUUGUAUAUUUAAUAUUACAUGAUGUUAUUGAGCUAUUUGUAUAUUUAAUAUUACAUGAUUGUGACGAAUGCCCUGUGACUAUGGCCCCUUGGAUAUAUUCCCCUUUAACCCCUUAAGGACACAUGACAUGUGUGACAUGUCAUGAUUCCCUUUUAUUCCAGAAGUUUGGUCCUUAAGGGGUUAAAAACCCUAUUUGGGCUUAUUGGAUUUUAAAAACUGUUUCUGUCCCUUUAAAUCCAUGGGAAAAUGUGCCUCUUCCCCUUUUUCCUGACCUAUUGUUUCUCCAGCAGGGCGUUGUCCCUGGGACACUGCCAGACCAGUUUAAACUGGCUGCUUUGUCCCUCCUCAAUCUCCCAUCAGCCCUUGCCAUUUUCUGACCCCAACCUUAUUUGUACUAUAGGACACUUUUAACAUUGGACAUAUUGAGCGCUCAGAUCCAAGCUAUCUGGGGAUAUGUUGGACAUAUAGGUUAAACAUUGUAUUAUAAGAGUUAUGUAUUUUUAUGUGGUUUUUCUAACAGUUUUUGACUUAGAGAUAUUUCCUGUUACUGGAGAUAAUUAAGUUACCACAGCCACUUAAGCCAAUUAUCUCCAGUAAAGAGGAGAAGAUAGACCGGCCACACAGCCUAAAUCUGUGGAACUGUCUUGGGCGUGAAAACAAUGCUUGCGGUUGGUCAAUUGUGACUUCCACAAAACUUUUGAACCCCUGCUCUGAUCUGGGUGAUUUUUGGAUAUGUUGUUCACCCAGAUCAGGGCUAUCCAGGGAUGUAGGAUUUGUAGGGAUAUGAUGUUGUUUUGGGGUGUUUCUGGACUUUGAGUAAAACUGGAUAUUUUCUGCCUGUGGUAAUUGAGUUAGUCCAUUGUGUUUGGUAAUUGUAUCACAGGCAGAGGAGAGGGUUUGUGUACAUUAGAUAGGAGUGUCUAACUGUACAAUACUGUGUUGAUUGGCUGUUGUGACUUUGUGUCCUGUGCUCCACAAGGUCCACGUGAGUGGUAACCUUGUGGGGAAUACUGUAUAAAAGAAAUGCCUUUGUGCUCAUUAAACCAGUUCUACUUACCCUCAAUUUAGAGUCUUGUCUCUUAUUGGGGGGAAUCUGCUACAGGGGAUUGCUAUGCUCUUCAUACUCCCUUGCUAUAAUCACUAAGCUCUUCUAAGAGCUUGUUCCUCUUCCUGCUUUGCUCUCUGGGGAUAGAGAGGUUCACCCACUGGGACCUGGAGCCUUGUCGUAGGUCCAGGGUGGGUAGGAGACGUCGAGACCCCAACCAAGCUGCGGCAGUUCGUGGGGCCUGCAGUGCUUAUGGUGUCAAGUGGAGUGCUCGGUGCGGUGCUGAUGGUCCUUGGUAAGCGCUAGGAGCAUCUUUGGCAGAAGUAACCAGUCAGGGUGCCAGGUGAUCCGUUACAGUGACGUAGCCACAAGAAUUCCUGUAACUAUAUCUAAGGCAGUAUAUUAAUUUAAUAAUAUCGAAUAAAUGAUUACUGACACUCCACUGAUGUUUGAUGGAUUUUCAUUCACAUUUCAGAGGCCCAAGAGGAAUAGUGACAGUAGCAAAAAAACCAAGCCUCCUCGGAGAACCGGAGGAUAUUCGUUGAUAGCACGGCCACAAAAACAGGUGAUGAAAUGGAGAUCGCAAGGUCAGCUUGGGGUUAAAGGAACACACCUGGGCUUGUUGUAGAUGAGAAAGCAAUGGUAGUUGUUUCUAUUAUUUAAAUGGUAACCCUUCAAAGCAACGUGUUUCACUGAAAUCCAGAUAUGGACAUGCAUUUCACAAGAAUUUAGCAUUGAAGAUACCCAGCAUCCACAGAUCUAAUGCAACAUACUGAACACUACAUAGGCCCCCAGAAUUAAAUAUAAGAGCUGGAGAGCUUUCUCUGACAGUGUCUCGGACUAUAAAUGAACGCUGACUCAAAUACAACCUACUGUCUGAUUCGAAAUUCCUUUGUCCCCUCUAGGAACCAAAAGAUGUGAAGAUGAGGCGAAGGAGGGAUACCACAACAACUCGUCCAAAACAUUCUGGAAAAUAUUCUUUACUUUUGGUCAGUGAAGUCAACAGUAAACACUCAAUAUACAUAGUUGCAGAUAGUUGACGGUUGCCUAGGUGCCAACAGUUUCAAAAUUGCCAGGACAGUUCCACAUUCUGGUAAAAUAAGUCUCGAGGACCUGUCUAACAUUUUAAAAUCUGCUGACAUAUCAAAAUGCAUGUCAGGACUGGGCACUAGGACUGGGUGUCAGUCAGCCUCACCACUCUCUCUAGAGAUAGCCGACCCCUUACACUGUGCUCUAUGCAGUCUGCUCUCUUCCCUGCCCAGCAAGGUGGGGUAGGAGCAUUGACAGGUAUGACCUGUGAUGGAACGCCGUCACUGAUUGCCAUAUCCCCAUGUUCCCACUGUCUAUUUCUAUGGGGGGAGAUAUGUGAUGGAUGGCCUGAUUUGUUUGGCGCGGGCCAUAAGCUUGUGGCACCAUUUUUGGGUCUGUUUUACAUGUGCCUGUAUAUGCAGCUGUGGGUCAACAAAGGGGGGCGGGGGCAGCAGCUCUGUAAAGUAGUUAUAGUGGACCACAGGUUACCCGACUGGCUACCUCCGCUAUUACCUUCCUUCAGCAACUCAGGAACCCUUAGAACAGGCAGACAGCCAUUCCCUCCCACCCCCCCAGUAACUGGACGAGACGCAGCUCUGGAGGUACAACACUGACUGUUUAUUUUGUCACACGUGGUUUUACAUGCACAGACCCCCUACAUGGGGUCUCCAACACAAAAUACCAGGGGUUUCAAUCCCAAGAAGCUGAUGGGGGGCGGGGGGUGGAAGAGUGUCCUUGUGACCAUGUCCUGCUGUAACAGGAAGGGGUAGGGGAAGAGGCACAGACAAGUAAUACAUUUCACUUAACUAUACUUUACAGAGCUGUUGCCGCCCCCCAUCCCCCCCCCACACACUUGUUGACCCACAGCUGCAUAUACAGGCACAUGUAAAUCAGUCCGAAAAAUGGCGCCCACGCCAAACAAAUCAGGCAAUCCAUCACGUAUCACUCCCCAUAGAAAUAGGCAGUGUUCCCUCACUUCCGUCACAUGACCAUUGACAGGGACCAUCAGGUUCACGUUCACACAAUCCUAUAUCUGCUACAGAUCCAAAAUAAGUAAAAAAAAACACUUUGAAAUAUUUUUCAAAUGUGCUGCAAAUGGUAAACCAUUUGUGAUUUCCCCAGCAACACUGAGAGUCUACUUACAUCAUGAAGGUGCUAAAACUCACGGAGGGUUUGCUUUUUACUGUUGCAGGUUUAAGAUAAUUUAUUCACUAAUUAAACUAAUUAAAACGAAUGGUCAGUCAAGUUAAGGGAGAACUCCCAAUAUUUAUUCAGUCUGGGAUAAAAUGACAGAAAACCAGGACUAGUGCUCUGUACGAGACAUUAAACAUCCUGUUAGUUUACUUUCCUAACUCGUUGCUACGUCUCAAUGGCACCGAAAGAGUUAGCAGAUUGCGCAUCACAUUUCCCGUGAAAUAUUUGUUCUGAUCAGACCCAGCUGGAGUUUGAACAUCUGGAAGCUGCACUUUGUCUGUGUAAACCCACCCGCCCUCAUUUAGCCUAAUUCACAUGCUACCCAAGGGUCAGAAUAACAGGAAGGACGGCAGCUUUGUUUUACCAGGAGAAAUGAACGAUAAAGCACUAAAAUUAUGUUAAAACAAAUUACUCAGGGCCAGGUCCACAGAGGAUUCACACACACACACACACACACACACACACACACACAAUAAUUAGACACUUACAUACAUAUAAUGAGCUUUACACACACACACACACACACACCUUAACUAGACACUCACAUACCUAUAAUGAGCUAUUCACACACACACACACACACACACACAUCAUAAUUAGACACUCACCUACAUAUAAUGAGCUAUUUACACACACACACACCAUAAUUAGACACUCACAUACAUAUAAUGAGCCAUUUACACACACACAUUAACUAGACACUCACAUACCUAUAAUGAGCUAUUCACACACACACACACACCAUAAUUAGACACUCACAUACAUAUAAUGAGCCAUUUACACACACACACACACACAACAUAACUAGACACUGACAUACAUAUAAUGAGCCAUUUACACACACACAUCAUAACUAGACACUGACAUACAUAUAAUGAGCCAUUCACAUAUACACACAUCCAUAACUAGACACUCAUAUACAUCUAAUAAACCAUUUUCACAUACACACCUACACACAUCCAUAACUAGGCACACACAUACAUCUAAUUCACAAUUUCACAUAAACAAACAUGUCUAAUUAGACACUAAUUAACCCCGUACUUUCCUGGCUUGGCUUUCCUGAAUGGAAUGAGUCACAUCGUACUCGACUUUUCACUUGUGAAAUAACGACCAAAAUGUUAAAGAUCUGGUAAGCAAAGAGGAUAUUGUGUAUUGCGUAAUGCCCUGCAUUACGUGGGGAGAUAAAGCAUUACCCCAAGUCUAAGUAUUGCCUAAAUCUCCCUAAAGUCUAACAUAGUCACUGAGUACACGCUCACUGAGUACAUGCUCACUGAGUACAUAUCUGCUUGCAACCCACAGCUGACCCUCCUUGAUGUAAAAAUUGACGCAGUCAUCUUCUUAUAGCCCAAAACAUGGCUCUCAGUGUCUCAGCAAACAAACGCCUAACACCAAUAAAUAAAUACAUCAUCGUUAUCCCCUACAGCGGUUUCAUGUGACGCUCAGCCAGGGCACACAGUGUGUUAGAGGAGUUAAUUGUGUUAAUUUCUCCUCCUCUCUCUAUGCUGACUGGCAGAUGGACAAACAGCGUUCCAAGAUGGAGGCAUUCCAUCCCAGGGUAGAGAUUAAUACAGCCGUGACGAGCCCAACAUUUAAUCAUGGUUUUCAGACUUUACAAACACACAUUUGUUAAAUCUAGCGAAUAAGUAAACAUAAUAUUCAAAAUUCUGGGAAUUGAGAGUUUCCCUUUAAAGGAACAGUAACAUAACAAAUAAAUCACUUUAUUAUUAAUCUUAAAGUGUUCCUUAACUUUUUGACUAUGCCCGGCACUUUUUAAGAUAAAAAAUAUUACGUUUUUUAAUGCUGUGCCAGACUUUUCCUCUUCUUAGCACAUCCCCGCCAUGAUCAGCCAAUCGGAUGCUUCUUUAUGAAUCUUUUGGAAUCCAGCGCUCCAAUGAGAAGCAUUCGCAGGGUUGGGCGGUAUCAUCACCAAACCAUAAGACUAUAACUGAAAGCCUUCAUUAAGGAAGCGACUCUGGUAAUAGGCAGUCUGACUACUAGAGGAGAGUUUUGGGCCAAAUGUAAACAUUCAUACAAAACAAUAUAUUCCCAAACAGUCAAUACGUAUUAUACAAUCCAUAUAGCUUGGAUAACAACUUUACAUUCACUGUUACUGUGUACCUUCACAUUGCAAACCGUGUCCCCUCUCCAGAUCGCUCAAUCAGCAGUCAGCUCAUAUAUCACAGUAAGCGAGUUGAGAAAAAAAAUCAAUUGAAGAAAUUAAAACCACUGCUUAUUCUGACAAGUCACUUUCUUUAUUGCCCAAGGAAAUCGACAGUGUGACUUACAGUGGAAAAAUGGCUGAAAAUAUAAUGCAGCCACAGCAACCUACGCGUUCCGUGUCAACAUGCACUUUAUCAUGGUCACAUUUAAGAUUCCAGCCUAGAUAUACCUGUGCAGCAACCCUCCCAUAGCUUGCAAAUAUAAACUUGGAUGUUUCUCUUAAAUGGCAAGAUUCAUAUUAAUGAAGUUGAAGGGUCUAUGCACCAAAACAACUUCAUUAAUAUGAAAUGGCAUUGAGUUUUAACUGAAAUGGACAAAAGCUGGGGUUCAUUCUGUCUAUACGCAGACAAGCUGGCUUUGAGUAUUGACAAGCAAAUAGAGUGUCGGUGGUUACUACGAAGUAUUUCUGGGUCCGUAUUAGCGUUGCUUCCACUCUGGCUGGCUGAUUUCAGUAUAAUAAUCCCCUUCCUGCAGAGGACUUCGGCCUAAAUUUAAGGUCUCUGGAGGAUUGAGUCAGAAGAAGAAGGGUCUCUUUCAUUUAGAAAUGUGGGAAACAUAACACACAAAACAAUGCUUCCUGGAGUCCCACCAAGUAAUCCACCACUGAACCCUCCAAUGCACCCACUUCCCCGGACAUUCCCCGGACAUUGCCAUAAUAUAUACAUAGAGCAAACAUUGCACAUUUGUAUAAAUUAUAUUCCUUUUAGGCAUCACCAACUCUACAGCAAAAAGCAAGGAUAAAGAGACAAGACAAGGGUUCUAAAAAAAGGCGCGAGAAGUGCACUGGAUGCUUCUCAGCUCUGGUGCGUCAAGAGAAAAAGGUAGGUAAGGAGUGGGUAAAAGGGGAACGAGGGGUUGAUAAAGGGGUAGGUGGGGGUGGGUAAAAGGGAAAUGAGGGGUUAAUAAAGGGGUAGAUAAGGAGUGGGUAAAAGGGAAAUGAGGGGUUGAUAAAGGGGUAGGUUAGGAGUGGGUAAAAGGGGAACGAGGGGUUAAUAAAGGGGUAGGUAAGGAGUGGGUAAAAGGGAAAUGAGGGGUUGACAAAGGGGCAGGUGGGGGUGGAUGAAAGGAUGGGUGGGAUUGUUUUAAAAGGUUCAGUAUGGAUAAAUGGGUAAACAAGGGGUUGAUAAAAUGGUAGGUGAGGGCGGGUUAAAGAGUAGGACAGUUGUGGGUGAAAAGGUACAUUUUGGUGAAAGGGUAGGUGUCACUGUGAGAGGUAGGUAAAAGAAUACGUGAAGAUAGAGGAAGGGGUAGUUGAGUGGUGGAUUAAUGGCUAAAUCAAAGGUAGACCAAAGGGUAACUGAAAGUUGUAUUAAACAGUAGGUUGACAUGGGCUAAAGGGUAGGUAUGGGUUGGGUAAGGGGUAUGUGUAGGGUAGGUUAAAGGGUAAGUGCAUGAUGGGUAAAGGGUAGGUAAAGGAUAGGCUAAAGGGUAGGUGUGGGGUGGGUAAAGGUUAGGUAUAGGAUGGGUAAGGGGUGGGUGUGGGGGUGGAUAAAGGGUAAGUGAGGUGGGUAAAGGUUAGGUAUAGGAUGGGUAAAAGGUAGGUGUGGCAUGGAUAAAAGGUAUGUGGGGGUGGGUAAAGGGUAGGUGCAGAAUAGGUUAAAAGGUAGGUGUGCAAUGGAUAAAGGGUAAGUGGGGUGGGUAAUGUUUAGUGAAGGUGGAUGAAAUAGUAGGUGAGGGGUGAAGAGCUGUUAAGUGAUGACAGUGAUGCAUGAAAGGUGUCUAAUUAUAAUUACUAUCCCUAAAUGCUUUUAAAUAACAAUAAUAAUGAUAAUAAUAAUAAUAAUAUAAAAUUCCAUGUCUGGAAUGCAGAAUGUGUGCAGUAAGAUUAACUGGGGUUAGAAAGUCCUUGGUCUAAUAUUUCUGAAAUGAACUUUCAGUAUAAAACCAGCAUGCAUGCAUACACUGACCCUAAUUCAAGUAUUGACCUUCAAGGCAUCAUAGAAAUAUGCUGUAGACCACGAAUAUUCAGGCCGAGUUUAACUUCAGGCUCUCGGGAGCAUUAUGCUCUGUUAGCAGAGAGACAUUAUCAUUUCAGCGCUUGUGGGAUUAGUGAAUAUUACUCACUAUUCCACUGCCAAUAUGUCUGAAUGUCACUGCAAGGGUUUCUAUCAAAUUUCCAGUGGAGCAUUUCCUAGUGCCCCAAUUCCCCUGGGCAGUUUCUGUCACCCUCUUACUAAUAGUAAGAAUAACAGGCAGGAGAGCGCACCUCUUAAUAGCAGGGGGACAGCUUGUAAAGGAAAACAAUAAAUAAUUAAAGUAUUGAAGUAAUUCCUUGAGUAGUUAUGGUGCCUAGAGGUCAUUGUCCCCCAGUUUAAUAUGACAUAAACCAGUUUUUUAAUACAGUGGAAAACACGUCAGGUGAUGACAGAGGGUCUGUAGUUGAAGGCAAGGAUUGGGUAACCCUGGAUUUGUAAACGCAUUUCACCAAACUCUAACAGACAUCCCUUGGUACUGGUUAUAAACACCUUCAUAAUUGCAGCUAUUUUACUGACUCCGAGAAGGCGCUGACACUAUUACAUAGGUAACAGAACAUUUGAAAUUAAAUAUAAAUCUUAUAAAUCUUGUAAUAACCCCCUUUCUAGUUCAGGAUAAUAUAGGGUCAUCGUAAAGUCUCAGACCAAGUGUCACAUUUACUAUUAAAUAAGAGCUAUUAUACCGUUUACAUCAGGACUACUUGUUAAAUAAUACUUUAUAUGAAUUAUUUUCACUUCAGGAUGAAAAAUUUGUACUUCAAAAAGCAAGAACAAAGAGGGAACACGUAUUUACUGGAAAACAGAGCAGAAAGUGUGAUGACUGCGACACAGCCCUGUCAGCAAAAAACGAUGAAAUGGUAGGUGAGGAGUGGAUGGAAGGUUAGGUAGGAGAAAUGAGGUGGGUGAAAUUUUAGGUGAUGAGCUGAUGAAAGAGUACGUGAAGGGGUGGGUGUUCGUGUAGAUGAGGGGUGGAUGAAAAGGUAAGAGGUAGGUGAAUGGGUGGGUGGACGUGUAGAUGAGGGGUGGAUGAAAAGGUGAGAGGUAGGUGAAGGGGUGGGUGGACGUGUAGAUGAGGGGUGGAUGAAAAAGGUGAGAGGUAGGUGAAGGGGUGGGUGGACGUGUAGAUGAGGGGUGGAUGAAAAGGUGAGAGGUAGGUGAAGGGGUGGGUGGACGUGUAGAUGAGGGGUGGAUGAAAAAGGUGAGAGGUAGGUGAAGGGGUGGGUGGACGUGUAGAUGAGGGGUGGAUGAAAAGGUGAGAGGUAGGUGAAGGGGUGGGUGGACGUGUAGAUGAGGGGUGGAUGAAAAAGGUGAGAGGUAGGUGAAGGGGUGGGUGGACGUGUAGAUGAGGGGUGGAUGAAAAGGUGAGAGGUAGGUGAAGAGGGUGGAUGUGAGACGUGUAGAUGAGGGGUGGAUGAAAAGGUGAGAGGUAGGUGAAGGGGUGGGUGGACGUGUAGAUGAGGGGUGGAUGAAAAGGUGAGAGGUAGGCGAAGAGGUGAGGAGUGAAUAAAAGUGUAAAUCCGUACAUUUAUCAAGUUUCACCCUAUACCAUACAGAAACACCCAACACCACUAUCCACCACGAUCCCACCAACAUGAAACACUGUUAGCUAACCCUUAAGGCUAUCAGUCCCUCCAGUGAAACUCUUUAAGUUAAAUGAAUACAAACCAAAGUAAAACAAAACUACUUAAUAUAAAUGGAGUAUAUAAAAUAUCAAUAUAGUAAUAUAUUGUGCCGAAUGUCUAACCUGUACCCAAACAAUCAAAGUCUAGAAAGCACAUCGUGACAUAUAAAUGGAAUCAGGACCAUCGGGAUAGCAGGAAAUACUCUAAAUAUUAUUAACAGGAAAAGAACAAAACACCAAAUAAUUCUGGGACAAUCUUUUAACCACCUGGUGGCAGAAACCCCGAAUCCAUGUCCCUCUCAUGGAACAUUGACAGCUUUAUAACUUAUCAUUUUCAAUUCCUCGAGCUGACCUCAUUGCUCGUAAAGAAUGUCAGAUGGACGCAGAGCUUCUCCCAUUCUGUUCUUCUCACAAACCUUAUAAAUAUAAUAAUUAUUAAAUGAAACCUUUUUACAUUUCACAUGAUCCGUACUGCAUAGCUCUUAACCAGACACUGUUUGCCUGAACCCACAAAGAGAAAGACGUACAAAGCAAAGUGUGUCGACAAUAUUGGCCGCAGCGACUGCAACACCCGGGAUUUCCAGAUGUAUUUUCUUUACUUUUAGUUUAGUUUUUAGUCGGAGAGCGCUCCUGCGUGUUGUGAAAGAAUAAAAACGGUGUCCAUUCUGUGUCAAGGAUAAAUCCACCUCUUCUUCUCUGUAUGAUAAUAUCAGAUUAAUAUAUUUUUACAGGUAUCUCAGCCAUCGAGGAGGGGAAGACAUCAUAAAGACAGAAGAAGAGGCAAGGUACAUCACAUGGCAGAGGUAAAGGGUCCUAACUGUCCCUUUAAUGGCCUCUUAGACUAUGUGGCCCGAGACUGCAUGGACUGUUAGUGGCACUGUGUGGUCUAUUGGUGACACUGAGUGGUCUGUUAGUGAUGCUGCUUGGCCUGCUAGAUGAGACUGUGUGGUCUGUUAUUUACAAAGCAUGGCCUGUUAGUGACACUGCAUGGCCUCUUAGUGACACUGCGUAGUCUGUUAGUGACACUGCAUGGCCUUUUAGUGACACUGAGUGGUCUGUUACUGACACUGUGUGGUCUGUUAGUGAAGCUGCAUGGUCUGUUAGUGACACUGUGUGGUCUGUUAGUGACACUGUGUGGUCUUUUAGUGACACUGUGUGGCCUGAUAGUGACAGUGCGUGGCCUGUUACUGACACUGUGUGGUCUGUUACUGACACUGUGUGGUCUGUUAGUGACACUGCGUGGCCUCUUAGUGACACUGCGUGGUCUCUUAGUGAAGCUGCAUGGUCUGUUAGUGACACUGCGUGGUCUGUUAGUGAAGCUGCAUGGUCUGUUAGUGACACUGUGUGGUCUGUUAGUGACACUGCUGGUCUGUGUGUGUGUGGUCUGUUAGUGAAGCUGCAUGGUCUGUUAGUGACACUGCGUGGUCUGUUAGUGAACUGUGUGGUCUGUUAGUGACACUGUGUGGUCUGUUAGUGUGUGGUCUGUUAGUGACACUGCGUGGUCUGUUAGUGACACUGUGUGGUCUGUUAGUGACACUGUCUGUUAGUGAAGCUGUGUGGUCUGUUAGUGAAGCUGCAUGGUCUGUUAGUGACACUGCGUGGUCUGUUAGUGACACUGUGUGGUCUGUUAGUGACACUGUGUGGCCUGAUAGUGACAGUGCGUGGCCUGUUACUGACACUGUGUGGUCUGUUAGUGACACUGCGUGGCCUCUUAGUGACAAUGCGUGGUCUGUUAGUGACACUGUGUGGUCUGUUAGUGACACUGUUGUCUGUUAGUGAAGCUGUGUGGUCUGUUAGUGAAGCUGCAUGGUCUGUUAGUGACACUGCGUGGUCUGUUAGUGACACUGUGUGGUCUGUUAGUGACACUGUGUGGCCUGAUAGUGACAGUGCGUGGCCUGUUACUGACACUGUGUGGUCUGUUAGUGACACUGCGUGGCCUCUUAGUGACAAUGCGUGGUCUGUUAGUGACACUGUGAGGUCUGUUACUGACACUGUUGUCUGUUAGUGAUACUGCGUGGCCUCUUAGUGACACUGCGUGGUCUGUUACUGACACUGUGUGGUCUGUUACUGACACUGUGUGGUCUGUUAGUGACACUGCGUGGCCUCUUAGUGACACUGCGUGGUCUGUUAGUGACACUGUGUGGUCUCUUAGUGACACUGUGUGGUCUGUUACUGACACUGUUGUCUGUUAGUGAUACUGCGUGGCCUCUUAGUGACACUGCGUGGUCUGUUACUGACACUGUGUGGUCUGUUAGUGAAGCUGCGUGGUCUGUUAGAGAUACAGCGUGGCUGUUUGUGGGAAUUCUUGUUACAAUGUAUCUGUAACACCUGCUUGUCUCCGUCCACUAGCCUGACCGUUUCAGAGCAGGAAAAUACAGCCCUAUGUCACUACGUCCUGAUUCAGGAAGGAUAAUGUCUAUUCCAGUAAAUGGCAGCAGUGCCCAGGUAAUGUAUAAAAUUACCAAUUUAUGUAUCCAAUGUCCAGGUAGUGUAUCCAAUGCUCAAGUAGUGUAUAAAAUACCCAGGUAGUGUAUCCAAUGCCAAGGUAGUGUUUCCAAUGCCCAGGUAGUGUAUAUAAUAUCCAGGUAGUGUAUCCAGAUAAGAAAUUUGAAAUUAAACAGAAUGUGCAAUAAAGGAAGUAUAAACAUUAGAUCUCUCUUUACAGGAAGUGUUUAGGAAGGCUGUGUAGGUCACAUGGAGUUGGGAUGUGCAAGAAACAUCUUUAAAAAUAGUCUCCUCCUUUACUGUGUUGAUUCCCUUUAUGUAUUUAAAUGUUUCUAUCAUAGCCCCCUGUCUCGUCUUUCCUCCAAGCUAUACAUGUUAAGAUCCUUUAUCCUUUCCUGGUAAGUUUUAUCCUGCAAUCCAUGAACCAGUUUAGUAGCCCUUCUCUGAACUCUCUCUAAAGUAUCAAUAUCCUUCUGAAGAUACGGUCUCCAGUACUGUGUACAAUACUCCAAGUGAGGUCUCACAAGUGUUCUGUACAAUGGCAUGAGCACUUCCCUCUUUCUACUGCUAAUACCUCUCCCUAUACAACCAAGCAUUCUGCUAGCAUUUCCUGCUGCUCUAUUACAUUGUCUGCCUACCUUUAAGUCAUCAGAAAUAAUCACCCCUCAGAUGUUGAGGUUAGGACUCUAUCAAAUAUUCUGUACUCUGCCCUUGGGUUUUAACGUCCAAGAUGCAUUAUCUUGCACUUAUCCACAUUAAAUGUCCGCUGGCACAACUCUGACCAUUUUUCUAGUUUACCUAAAUCAUUUGCCAUUUGGCUUAUCCCUCCUGGAACAUCAACCCUGUUAUAUAUCUUAGUAUCAUCAGUAAAAAGACAUACCUUAGCAUCAAGGCAUUCUGCAAUAUCACUAAUAAAAAUAUUAAAGAGAAUGGGUCCAAGUACAGAUCCCUGAGGUACCCAAGUACAGAUCCCUGAGGUACCCCACUGGUGACAAGCCCAUGCUUCGAAUAUAUUCCAUUAACUACAACCCUCUGUUGUCUGUCACUCAGCCACUGCCUUACCCAUUCAACAAUAUUGGAAUCCAAAGUUAAAGAUUGCAGUUUAUUGAUAAGCCUUCUAUGUGCAACAGUGUCAAAAGCCUUACUGAAAUCUAGGUAAGCAAUGUCUACUGCACCACCCUGAUCUAUAAUUUUAGUUACCCAAUCAAAAAAAUCAAUAAGAUUAGUUUGGCAUGAUCUCCCUGAAGUAAACCCAUGCUGUCUCUGAUCUUGAAAUCCAUGUGUUUUUAGAUGUUCAACAAUCCUAUCCUUUAACAUGGUUUCCAUCACUUUCCCCACUACUGAAGUAAGGCUUACUGGCCUAUAGUUGCCCGACACCUCCCUAUUACCUUUCUUGUGAAUGGGCACAACAUUCGCUAACUUCCAAUCUUCUGGGACUACUCCUGUUAACAAUGAUUGAUUAAAUAGAUCUGUUAAAGGGACAUUAAAGUCACCAGAACAACUACAGCUUAUUGAAUUUGUUCUGGUGAGUAGAAUCAUUACCUUCGGGCUUCUUGCUGUAAACACUGUCUUUUCAGACAGUGUUAACAGCCAUCUGAGGAGUGGCCUAGGGAUACCCCCACUGGCCACUCCUCAGAUGGCUGUUAGAGAUCCUUCCUGGGUCAUGGCUGCCUAAAAUGCAUCCAAACAUUCAGUAUCUCCUCCCUCUGCAUGCAGACACUGAACUUUCCUCAUAGAGAUUCAUUGAUUCAAUGUAUCUCUAUGAGGAGAUGCUGAUUGGCCAGGGCUGUGUUUGACUUGUGCUGGCUCUGCCCCUGAUCUGCCUCCUUGACAGUCUCAGCCAAUCCUAUGGGGAAUGUAUAUAAAACGGUGUAUGGGGUAAAGUGCAAUAAACAGUGCAGGCUAGCCACUCCAAAUCAGGGAUCACUCCCAAUUCCCAAAUGUAAUACCGAUAUAUAUAUAGGGUAUAGUACAGAAACAUAUACCAAUAGGGGCGCCACAAUCACCAAUCGUGAGUAUAGUUACCAUAUAUUUCUCAUGAUGACCAUAUAAGAGAUAAAAAAAGAAAGUGUAUAUGGUGAAGCAUUUAAUGACACAUGAUAAAACAAUAAAAAACAGAGAAAUACACUCACAAGGAAGAUGGCACAAAGAGACAAAUAUCUAACUGUGCAAACACGCUUGUCAACCCCUUCUGGGUUAAGUCCCCUUUAAAAACAGGUCCAAUGUCAAUGCCUUCUAAGGAUGGAUCUUUUCUUUAUAGGUCUGUAUAUAAAGAGGCACCAGGCAAGGAUGACAGGUAGAAAUCAAGUCUUCAGGGGGUGUUGGCAAGCUUCUCCGCUCAACGCGUUUCGUCUCAACGAAUUUUUCAAGUUUACACUUUCAUUUUUUAUCUCUUAUAUGGUCAUCAUGAGAAAUAUAUGAUAACUCACGAUUGGUGAUUGUGGCGUCCCCAUUGGUAUAUGUUUCUGUACUAUACCCUAUAUAUAUCGGUACUCCUAUGGGGAAGCAUUGUGAUUGGCUCAGAACAACACUUCUGCUUAUGUCAGCAGACAGCUUGCUAUUCUGAGGCAGACAGGGGCAGAGCCAGCAGCUUCAGGCUUGAAUACAGUAAGAUUUUGCUAUAUUUAUGGAGGCAUGAGGGGCCCGGGGGGCGGGCUAAAUGGUGGUUUUAACACUAUGGGGUCAGGAAUACAUGUUUGUGUUCCUGACCCUAUAGUGAUCCUUUAAUGGUUUUGUUAGUACACCACUAAGCUCUUUUAAUAACUUUGGGUGUAUUCCAUCAGGUCCCAUUGACUUAUUUGUCUUUACUUUUGACAGUUGAAAUAGAACCUCUUGCUCUGUAAACUCACGUGUAAUAAAUGACUCAUUUGUCCUUUUUCCAAACUGAGAACACAGAACUGGAGCUCUAAGACGGUUGAAAUGUGGUUAUAGGGAUGCCUUUUUGUAUUUAUGUCUGUAUAUUUGUAAGUUGUUGUAUCUGCAGGUAUCUUAACCAAACACUUAUAUUUUAAUGUUAUGUCAUGUAAGUAAUGUCCAAAUUUUGGAAACAAAACGUAUUAACAAAAAAAAAAAUAUAUAUAUAUAUAUAUAUCCAUGUAGUGUCUCCAGCAGGGUCAGAUCCAGAGCCUGAUCUCGGGAGGGGAACUUGUAGAUUAUUUAAAGAAAUAAUCCAGGCACAAUGACCAAUACAGCUCAGUGUAGUGGUUAUGGUGCCAGUAGUGCCGGGACCCCCUCCAAGAGUAAGUAGUAAAACCUUUUAAGAACAGUUUGACAACUUACCUGGGUGUCUACUGGGAUAUGGGGCUGUAGUAGGGCAUAGGAGCAGUGGAAUGUGUGAGGGGUGCAAUGUGUAUGAAAGGUUCAGUGUGUGUGUGUGGGGGGUGUAGUGUGUGUGUGUGUGAGCAGUAUGUGUGUGUGUGACAAUGUAUGUCAGGGGUGCAGUGUGUGUGUGUGUAUGAGAGGGGGACAAUGUGUGUGAAGGUUGCAGUGUGUCUGAGGGCGGCAGUGUAUGCCAGGGUUACAGUGUGUGUGUGAGGGGGGCAGUGUGUGUCUGUGUGUGUGUGAGGCAAUGUGUAUGGGGGUAGUGUAUGUGUGUGUGUGUAUGUGGGGAAAUAUGUGUAUGGGGGGCAUGUGUGUGGGGGCAGUGUGUGUGUGGGGGGGCAGUGUAUGUGUGUGUGGGGCAGUGUGUAUGGGGGGGCAGUGUGUAUUUGUAGGGUCUGUGUGGGGCUGAGUGUGUGUGUGGAGCAGUGUGUGUGUGUGUGUGUGGCAGUGUGUAUGUGUAGCCGUGGCAACGCUCCAUGCUUGCGAGAGAAGGACCCGGAGGAGUUGCAGGCUGAGCUCCCGGGUCCUCUCUCUGAUCUCCCCUCUGGUCCGUGAGGACACAUUGCAGGGCUGGCGCACGGAUAUCAAUUGCCCCCCCUGUAUGUGUGUGGGGGGGCAGUGUGUGAAUGUGUGGUGAAGAGGGUAGCGGAUGGAUUGGGAAGAGCCUCGGGGCGGGGCAAUUGCCCCGUUGACCCCACCCUGGAUCCGCCAGUGGUCUCCAGAAAAGAAAUUCGAAAAUAAACAGAAUUUGCAAUAAAGGAAGUAUAAACAUUAGCUCUCUCUUUACAGGAAGUGUUUAGGAAACCUGUGUAAGUCACAUGCAAGUAGGUGUGACUAGGGCUGUAUAAACAGGCUGGUGCAGUAGACAUUGCUUACCUAGAUUUCAGUAAGGCUUUUGACACUGUUGCACAUAGAAGGCUUAUCAAUAAACUGCAAUCUUUAAGUUUGGAUUCAAAUAUUGUUGAAUGGGUAAUGGCAGUGGCUGAGUGACAGGCAACAGAGGGUUGUAGUUAAUGGAAUAUAUUCGAAGCUUGGACUUGUCACCAGAGGGGUACUUGGACCCAUUCUCUUUAAUAUUUUUAUUAGUGAUAUGUUAGUAUGUCUUUUUGCUGAUGAUACUAAGAUAUGUAACAGGGUUGAUGUUCCAGGAGGGAUAAGCCAAAUGACAAAUGAUUUAGGUAAACUAGAAAAAUGGUCAGAAUUGUGGCAACUGACAUUUAAUGUGGAUAAGUGCAGGAUAAUGCAUCUUGGACGUAAAAACCAAGGGCAGAGUACAGAAUAUUUGAUAGAGUCCUAACCUCAACCUAUGAGGAAAGGGAUUUAGGGGUGAUUAUUUCUGAUGACUUAAAGGUAGGCAGACAAUGUAAUAGAGCAGCAGGAAAUGCUAUAGCACCGUCAUUGCAAGGAGUGCUUUACAGUGAGGUCGCCAUUAAAGGUAAUACCUGGUGUAUAAUCUACUUGGCGUAAUGUACGCAACAAGGAAUCAGAUCUUCAGAAGGAUAUUGAUACCUUAGAGAGGGUUCAGAGAAGGGCUACUAAACUGGUUCAUGGAUUGCGGGAUAAAACUUACCAGGAAAGGUUAAAGGAUCUUAUCAUGUAUAGCUUGGAGGAAAGACGAGACAGGGGGGAUAUGAUAGAAACAUUUAAAUAUAUAAAGGGAAUCAACACAGUAAAGGAGGAGACUAUAUUUAAAAAAACUAAAACACAAGAGGACAUAGUCUUAAAUUAGAGGGACAAAGGUUUAAAAAUAAUAUCAGGAAGUAUUACUUACUGAGAGGGUAGUGGAUGCAUGGAAUAGCCUUCCAGCUGAAGUGGUAGAGGUUAACACAGUAAAGGAGUUUAAGCAUGCGUGGGAUAGGCAUAAGGCUAUCCUAACUAUAAGAUAAGGCUAAGGACUAAUGAAAGUAUUUAGAAAAUUGGGCAGACUAGAUGGACCGAAUGGUUCUUAUCUGCCGUCACAUUCUAUGUUUCUAUAAACAAAGUGAUUUAACUCCUAAAUGACAGAGAAUUAAGCAGUGAGACUGCAGGGGUUUGAUCUAAAGUUGUUUUGGUGCUUUUAAGUCACUUUAAGUUUAAUUUCCAUAUAAUCAUGAGAUUGUCUUUACAUUGUAUAUGAAUUGGCCUUUUUAAUUUGAGUAUAAUUUCAAAGUUCAAGUUAUUUACUAACUUGAGAACUGCUGUGAAUUGAAAAUGAAUUCAAAGUGAAUUUCAAACUUAAGGCAAAAAUAGUUAAAUUGGAAAAAUUCUGCAAGCCCGCUAUGCCUCCAGUUCAGCAAUUUUGGUCUACAAUUUGAAAUUCAUGUUGAAUUCGCAACAAUUCUGAUUUUAGUAAAUAACCCAGACACCCACAUACAUCUCGGCUCUGUCCUUUCCCUGCAUUACCUACCAGUUAUUGAUUGAGGCAUCCUUGUUCUCCGUAUGUAGAGAUCGAUUGGUUUGGGCUUUCUGAUGACUUGAGAUCCUUUUUAUCUGCAGGAGAACAGGCGAUCAGAGCGGAAGAAAGGCAGGAGGCUCCAUAAGGAGCGACAUCAUGGGAAAAACAGACAUGUGGGACACAACUCUGAACCUCCUGAGGACAUUGACAAGGAGAUCCCAGAGAGACUUCAGUGAUCCACAGGUAAUGAUAGAACUCCGAGAUGUCCUCUUCCUGAUUCCAGAUAUGUGGCACGCCAACCCUGUGUGAGGAAUAAGCCAGCCAUUCAACCUCCUUGUAGUAUUAUACUCGACUCAAGUCAAACACUAGGAUUGCAAUGGCAUGAGUAAUGUCCCCUUUACACAAUGAUUGUUACCAUUCAAAGCCUCAGCAAUCAGAUGACCAUUCCAUAACGAAGAUGGGACUGCAGAUAUUUUCCAUAAUGGUUUCCAAGCCUUUACAUUGAAGAUUUCCAUUGGUCCAAAAUCAAAGCCUUGCUGAGUAUUAUGGGAAAUGUAUUUCACCAGCAUGUGCAGUGCAAAGGUUACCCGUUACAGUGUCUGUAACCCUAGGAUUCUCACUCCGCGAUCCAUAUGCCACAUGUGCUCCCAGGGAAUGAAUGGGCAAAAUACAAUCAGUGAAACAUUCCUGCAAGGAACAGUCUUAUUUAAUCUUUUAACUUUAUUUCAAAAAAGUUCAGUGAGAAUAAACUUUGGGGCUGAUACUACACUCACUGACCCCAUGCUCACACCAAACGCACUUAGUUCAGUGUUAUUCCGUUAUUGCUGCUGAGAGGAGUGACAGAGGACAGCUCAUUGUGAAAUCUGUGAUUGACAAGCUGAGCAUGAGGAGCGUUGCUCGACCACAAAGACUUCUCCAUGAGAAGGGUCCGAAUGGUCAGUUUGCUGACACAGAAUUUAAGUGUAGCCUAAGUUUUUCUAAAAUGCUUUAUGGGUUUGUUAAUUUUUAUUUAAUUAUUUUUCAGUUUAUAAAAGUGCCAAUUUAAUGAGACAUUGUGUGUACCUCCCCACCUAGUAAUCAGCCAGCCAGGGGGCUUUUAUUAUGCAUCUCUGAGCUCCACAGGGCAAAACGUGGCAGGCAGGCUUGGCUCGAAUACACCGGCCUUUACCUGCCCUGGUUGGAUGUGUGUACGCUGGCCUUUACCUGCCCUGGCUGGAUGUGUGUACGCUGGCCUUUACCUGCCCUGGCUGGAUGUGUGUACGCUGGCCUUUAAAUGCCCUGGCUGGAUGUGUGUACGCUGGCCUUUACCUGCCCUGGCUGGAUGUGUGUACGCUGGCCUUUACUUGCCUUGGCUGGAUGUGUGUACGCUGGCCUUUAAAUGCCCUGGCUGUAUGUGUGUACGCUGGCCUUUACCUGCCCUGGCUGGAUGUGUGUACGCUGGCCUUUACUUGCCCUGGCUGGAUGUGUGUACGCUGGCCUUUAAAUGCCCUGGCUGUAUGUGUGUACGCUGGCCUUUACCUGCCCUGGUUGGAUGUGUGUACGCUGGCCUUUACCUGCCCUGGUUGGAUGUGUGUACGCUGGCCUUUACCUGCCUUGGCUGUGUGUGCGUGCUAGGCUCGAAUAUGCCGGCCUUGACUUGCUCUGGCUGUGUGCGCGUGCUAAGCUCGAAUAUGCCGGCCUUGACUUGCCCUGGCUGUGUGUGCGUGACUUGCUCUGGCUGUGUGCGUGCUAGGCUCGAAUAUGCCGGCCUUGACUUGCCCUGGCUGUGUGUGCGUGACUUGCUCUGGCUGUGUGCGUGCUAGGCUCGAAUAUGCCGGCCUUGACUUGCCCUGGCUGUGUGUGCGUGACUUGCUCUCGCUGUGUGCAUGCUAGGCUCGAAUAAGCCGGCCUUGACUUGCCCUGGCUGUGUGCGCGUGACUGCUCUGGCUGUGUGCGUGCUAGGCUCGAAUAUGCCGGCCUUGACUUGCUCUGGCUGUGUGUGCGUGACUUGCUCUGGCUGUGUGCGCGUGCUAGGCUCGAAUAUGCUGGCCUUGACUUGCUCUGGCUGUGUGCGUGUGACUUGCUCUGGCUGUGUGCGUGUGACUUGCUCUGGCUGUGUGCGUGCUAGGCUCGAAUAUGCCGGCCUUGACUUGCCCUGGCUGUGUGUGUGCUAGACUCGAAUAUGCCGGCCUUGACUUGCUCUGACUGUGUGUGCGUGACUUGCUCUGGCUGUGUGCGCGUGCUAGGCUCGAAUAUGCCGGCCUUGACUUGCUCUGGCUGUGUGCGCGCGACUUGCUCUGGCUGUGUGCGCGUGAUAGGCUCGAAUAUGCCGGCCUUGACUUGCUCUGGCUGUGUGCACGCGACUUGCUCUGGCUGUGUGCGUGCUAGGCUCGAAUAUGCCGGCCUUGACUUGCCCUGGCUGUGUGUGCGUGACUUGCUCUGGCUGUGUGCACGUGACUUGCUCUGGCUGUGUGCGUGCUAGGCUCGAAUAUGCCGGCUUUGACUUGCUCUGGCUGUGUGCACGUGACUUGCCCUGGCUGUGUGAACACUGGCUGUUCCUCAUUGAGAAGUCGAUCAAUGGAGAGCAGCACCACAGCUCAAUCACACAGGAAUCUCGGUUGAGGAAAAAUGGGAGUAAACAAAAUAAUGGGAACAAAAGCCAACUCUUAACAUGAACCAGUGAUUAACGUACAAAUCCCUCGGAGAGUUUAGAAAAUAUCAGUUCCCUGGUCUUUGUCCAGACUUCCUGCUCAGAGAAUGACCCGGUAGCAAUGUAUUUGCUUGGUACACAUUUCAGAAGUGCUGGCUGUGGUAGUGAUACAUUAUUUUCAUUGUCAGGAUUCAGUAACAGAGACACACACAUCCUGUAGGGGGAGCCAUACUACCUGCAUUUAUGGGAGAUAACAAUUAUUAUUUUAUUAUUUAUAUAGCGCCAUCAUAUUCCAUAGCGCCGUACAAUGGGAAUAUUUCCAUAAAACGGGAUAAAAUGAGCACACGUGGGGGGUCCCAAGAACGCGGAGACAUAGCUGGAAAUAUUUGGGAACAAACUGCCUUUAGUUUCGUUGAGUCCAAAAUUAUAAGCAAUUAAAUGAUAAAUCAUAAACUGUACUAAAGACUGGUAAUUAAACAGCACAAUGAAACACGUCAGACUGUCACGUGAAACAACCCAGCAGUUCUUAUUUAGAAAUGUAUUUCCCAAAAUAACACAAGACAAAUCAAUGCCUACUUUACCAAUAUCCCCUCCCCCCCCUCUGCGCUGCCACUAGGACUGCACAGACCUUACUAGUGACUAUCCCACUCUAUGCAUUAACCAAUAGUGACAUCUAGUGGACAAAUUAAAUUACUACAUCAAAUAAUUCAGUAACCAACAACUGAUGGAGAAUUGACAAGUAGAUUGGAAUAUGUCGGCCACAGGUUGUGAAAUAGCUGAGUUGGAUAAUGUUUUAAAUUCAGCAGUUUUCAUCGUGAUUUAUAACUCUUUUUUCAAUUCUUUUUAAUUCCCACGUAGCGAACGCACCUAUAAGGACACAUAGUAAGUUGCAAAUAUUCAUUCAAACUGAAACAUUCUAAUUUGUGUUUGAAUUUACUGAAAGCAUGAAAGAAAUGAGUCUCAGAUGUGAAAAUUUGCUUCAAAACCGUUCAGAGUCCGGCCAGAUGUAGAAAUUCUGUCACUUAUCCAACUUAUUCUGUUAAAGGUCGUUGAGUGUAUUUCAAUCUACUUGCUUUUAGCAGCAAAAUAAAAAAAUGAAAAUUAAAUAAUUGUGUAAAUACGCAAUACGUGACUUGUAGAAACAUAUUGUAAAACCGGGAUGUAGUUUCUCUGGGAUGUUCUGUUUGCGCUCGGAAUAUUCUAGGUUAUAAUUAAACUGUCGGAAUAAACGCUCUAACAAAUCACCAGAAAAAGUAAAAUCUCCAUAAGAAUAUUUUAGAAAACCUGGAGCCAUGUCCCACGUGUACCUUCUGUAAUAAAAGCCCUGGAUUUCACUGAGAAUUCCACCUUCAUAUCAUAGGAAGAUUUAUGCCUUAUUUUAGAAUGUUUCAGCAGCCUCUGUCACGGCGAUAUGACUUUUCACUAUUUCCGAAUGUUCCGUAUGACAUACUCACGCUGAAUGUGUUAGAAUCUCACUAAAUUCAAAACAUAUCAUAAGACGAAGCAGGGACUGUGUUUACUUAUGAUCAAGUUCCAGGUUGAAAAAAGCAGAUAAAAGGCAAAGCCGCAGGGCAUCCGCCCCUAGAUCACUAGAGUUGGCCAAUAUACAAGAGUGGGAUUCUGGGAGUGGUUUGGAUCUAGGCUGAGGGAGCAUGGGAUUCUGGGAGUGGUUUGGAUCUAGGCUGAGGGAGCAUGGGAUUCUGGGAGUGGUUUGGAUCUAGGCUGAGGGAGCGUGGGAUUCUGGGAGUGGUUUGGAUCUAGGCUGAGGGAGCGUGGGAUUCUGGGAGUGGUUUGGAUCUAGGCUGAGGGAGCGUGGGAUUCUGGGAGUAGUUUGGAUCUAGGCUGAGGGAGCAUAGGAUUCUGGGAGUGGUUUGAAUCUAGGCUGAGGGAGCGUGGGAUUCUGGGAGUGGUUUGGAUCUAGGCUGAGGGAGCAUGGGAUUCUGGGAGUGGUUUGAAUCUAGGCUGAGGGAGCGUGGGAUUCUGGGAGUGGUUUGGAUCUAGGCUGAGGGAGCGUGGGAUUCUGGGAGUGGUUUGGAUCAAGGCUGAGGGAGCAUGGGAUUCUGGGAGUUACUAAAAUAACGAAGUAAAAUGAAAAUCUCCUCACACUAUGUUCAUUAUAAUGCUCAUGAAUUGACUAUCCAAACAUUUAUUCUCUCUUUUCUUUCCAGGGGCGGCCAUUGUGGAGAUUUAUAAGAAGGAAUCGCUUGUCUAUGACUUGUAACGCCAUCCGUCGCUUAUCUUUUUAUACAAACAGAACACUAAAGAAACACAUGCUUAUCUUAAUGGAGCUGCUCCCACUCUACGGGUUAAUCCACCAAACCGUGACUUGAUGACUGAGGCCAAAACAGGCCUUAGAGAUUCUCUUUUUAUGUUCAAUAUAGUGGUGUAAAAUUUGCAAGCCAAUUGUCAGCCCACAAUUUCACUUGUAUUUAAUGAUUCUGCACGGCCUCCCCAAAUUCCAGGACCCCCUGUCCAAAGUGGAAAAUAUGGCCGCUGUGUAUUAUGAAUAAACAACCACAAAGCAAACAGGAACUCAAAUGGCUAAAUCACAAUCAGAAUGCCCAGCAUUAUAGCAAAUUCACCCUCAGCCAGCCCAAGGUCACCAACAAUGUACCUACCCCUGUCCUGCAGCACCUUCUCACACAGUAUGUCACCCUCAGCCAGCCUAAGGCCACCAACAAUGUACCUACCCCUGUCCUGCAGCACCUUCUCACACGGUAUGUCACCCUCAGCCAGCCUAAGGCCACCAACAAUGUACCUACCCCUCUCCUCUCUGCACCUUCUCACACGGUAUGUCACCCUCAGCCAGCCUAAGGCCACCAACAAUGUACCUACCCCUGUCCUCUCUGCACCUUCUCACUCGGUAUGUCACCCUCAGCCAGCCUAAGGCCACCAACAAUGUACCUACCCCGUCCUCUCUGCACCUUCUCACUCGGUAUGUCACCCUCAGCCAGCCUAAGGCCACCAACAAUGUACCUACCCCGUCCUCUCUGCACCUUCUCACUCGGUAUGCACAUAUGGUAAUGUCACCAUGUUUUAUAGGAAUUUGUAGCAAAUGUAUAGUUAUAACCAACAGGAGUUCAAUGCUGGGAAUCUCUAAAUCCCGAUGCACCAAGACUCCUGUAGACGCCUGCAUGUAUACUGAAUCAACGUAGAGACACAGCUACUGUAUCUCAUAGGUCACAGUAAUGGGAACAAAUCACCAAAUAAAAAUAUUAAACAAUGUUUGUGUUUUUAAUCUCCUUGAAGUAAUAUGUU